CGUUCCUGUUCGAGUUUGACGUAAGUGAAGGCUCGGUGCGGCGUGUAUUGUGCUCCGCCGUGACCAUGGCCAGCGUACACGAGAGCCUUUACUUUAACCCCAUGAUGACUAACGGGGUGGUCCAUGCCAACGUGUUCGGCAUCAAGGAUUGGGUCACGCCGUACAAGAUCUCCGUGCUGGUGCUGCUCAGUGAGAUGACCAAAAACUCCAAGAUGAGUCUAGUGGACAAGAGGCGCCUGAACAAACAGAUCCUGCCAUUGCUGCAGGUGAGAGAGGCCGCCUGGACUGUCAGCUGGCUGAGCGUCAUGGGAGUCAGGCGGGAUCCCAUGGCACUGCCUGACCUUAUCAGUGAUGUGACUGAAUGCAUGGCUCAGGGCUAGUAAUGGGUGAAGCCGUGUUUAUAUGUAGCACCCUAUGUAGCAAGGUGGAAUUACAGAGUGAUAAUGUUUAAUUAUAUAUCAUUAUAUAGCAGCAUUGAAGGAGUAGAGAAAACCUUGCCUCUGAUCUUCAUACAAAACCUGCAGCAGUGUGCUACAGAAGACAGCCCAUGAUAUUACAAUGUAGAAUGCAUCCCUUGCUGAUUAUAAAGGAAUUAGUGCACGGAUUUAUUUUUCACAAAACCUAAUUGGGUUCUUAACCCCUUAAGGACAUGUGACAUGUCAUGAUUCCCUUUUAUUCCAGAAGUUUGGUCCUUAAGGGGGUUAAAGGGUUACGCUAGCCCCUUUUCACUAUUGCUUUUUGAUCUGUUAUGUCCUGUUGGGCACUAGUUGCUUUAUCCACCCAUCCUAUUUUAACCAAAAAGCCAUUUUUAAAAAUAUUUAAAAGUUACCUUGAAUCCUGCGCCAGGCUAGGUUCUUCUCAAGUGUUCCUUGCCUUUUCUCUCUGUGGUCAAUUAAAAUGCUUUUCGUAGAGAAGCAUUUGAUUCGGCCAAUCUUUUGGCUCGAAGUGCAUGCUCAUGCACUAUGACAGGGAGGGAAUGUGGGGUGAACAGAGGUGAAAUUCUGAAGAAGAAAAAAAAUCACAAUGGAGGGAAGGGCACAUAUAGGUUUCCUCUUGCAGGAGUGUUGACUGCAAGGGCAGAAGCUGAUUAUGUAUGUCAGUCUGGUGACCGUUCUAAUUUUUGCACAGAAUUACCAUUAGGUAGAAGAGAGUUCUGGACUCCUCAGUCAGGGCUUGGCAAAUCCCAGGUCGCCGUGGUGACUAGGAGUUUUGUCCUGGCGCCUGGGUGUUUGUCAGUGAGGGAGAAUGAAGGAGAGUUGAGGCGAGUGGCGACGGUGCUGAAAUUUCAAGCUCUUCUUGUUCUGCUCCCUAGCGUGCCCUGCAGUGAUGCAGUGAAAAGGCCUCACUCAGGCCCCGGCAUCAUUAAACCGUCGCAUGGGAGCAAAGCUAGAAGAGAUUUCAGCAACCCUACUGGACCCCAGGAAAAGGAUCCACUCAAGCUCUCCCAAACAUAGUCUGGGUGGACUUGAAUUAAAAUAAAUAAAAAAUUGUGAGUGUAUGCGUGUGUGUGUCUGCUUAAGUGACCGGCUUCCCUCUGAUUGCAUGGGAAAGGAGUUUUUACUCACUCUUUUCCCCCAUGUUGUGCCAGUCUUGAUGUGGCUGGUACAGCCUCCAUGGCUGAGAUCAUCAAUCUUGAUUUUAUUUCUUCAAACCUAAUUUCAAUAAUUCAAAUUUUUAAAGUAUCUUUUACACAUUGCUUAUCUUAGCUUUCUAUUUUUUCCUUUUGAGUGUAUUGGCAGAUAGUCGUAUAAUGUCACUAUUUGAACUUAGAAGUGUAGCAUGUAGGAACACAGAAGACAUUUUUAAUGAAAAAGGUAGAUAUACAAGCAGAUUUUUAAAAACUCCUGUGAUUGGCAUAAAUUGCAAGGCUUGCACAUGUCAUACAAUUCCUCUUUUCUUCUGACAGGCUCACAGGUAGCUUUGCGGCAGAGAAAAUGAGAUAAACCGUGCGGUUUACCACAUUUUCUUUGUCACGUUUUGUAUUUCACCCAAGGCUUGGGAGUCCAUGCUGAUUUACUGCGUGCUAUUAUUCAACUAUUAUAGUGAGAGCCUAUUUUCAGUUUUUGUACAUAUCACGUAUAGCUUUACAGUGUAUAAGUGAGCCAUAGCUAGCUCAGUUCAUGAAAUCCUGAUAUCCAAAUAUGGCUUUAGACAAGAUAAUCGAAUCAGAUUCUGUUACCAACACAGCGGUUUCGUGUAUCUCUUUACAUUAAAGAAAUUGCUAUUUAGAGUUGAUUAUUUAUAUAGCGCCAGCCAAUUCCGUAGCGCUGUACAAUGGGGGUUGAUGUACACAUUCCAUCAACCCUUGCUAAUAAGAGGUUUAUGGGAUAUGUUUAGUAGUUCCACAGAAUGUAUGGGAAUCAUCAGAAUUUCUAGGGAGGUUCCAGUUAAAACUUGAUGUAAAAAGGCUCCAGAAUCGUGUGGCUUUGCUGCAGACAACUUAAUGUAAAGGGAUACUAUAGGCAUCAAAACAUGUUUAGUUUAAUGAAGCAGUUGUGUGUGCCUCUGCAGUCUCCAUGCUCAAUUCUCCGCCAUUUUGGAAUUAACUAACUUUUGUUUCUGUCCGUGAAGCCCUAGCUACACCUCCCCUACAUGAACUAAAAAAUAAUUUUCAUUCCAAUAUUAACUUACAUGAGAAGUUCUUAUCUCUUGCUCUGUAAAUUGAACUUUAAUCACACAGUAAGUUCCUGCAGACUCUAGAAGCCCAUUAACGGAGCAGGAAAUACAAACUUCUAGAUUAAAUAGACUGUGCAAUAAAGGAACCUAGAAUAUUUAGGUUCCUUUUCAGGAAGUAUUUAGGAUGGCUGUGUAGGUCACAUUCUGGGAGGUGUUACUAGGGCUAUAUAAAGAAAGUUAAUUAACUACUAAAUGGCAGAGGAUUGAGCAGUGAGACUACAGAGGCAUGAUCUAUGCACGAAAGCGGUUUUAAUGUCCCUUUAACCCCUUAAGGACACAUGACAUGUGUGACAUGUCAUGAUUCCCCUUUAUUCCAGAAGUUUGGUCCUUAAGGGGUUAAAUAGUUGUUUUCACACAAUUAACUGACACAUGCAAAAAUGUAAAUACUUUCUUGCAAAUACUUGUAUACAGAUGUAAAGCACAUGCAUAAAAAAGAAAAUUCCACACACCAUAACCACUUAAGACUAAUGCAAGUGCCCUGGCAUCUUGCCACUAUAAUUGGUCUAACCGUUUUAGAAUAGUUUGCAAAUACCUGGGUUCUGCUGGAUUCCCACAGCCACAGCCCUUGCUUCAGAAUUGUCUCAUUUAGCUAGGCAGGGUCACUCACAUUGUCCAAGAUAGUCAGCUGAGUCCUACAAAAAACAGAAUACCCUGCACUCGGGUGCACAUAUGCUCCGGCCUUCCACCAAGGGGUCGCUCUGUGUGUAGGAUGGACACCGCUGAAUACACCAAUGUAGUAUCAAAGAAGAGAAACACAGGCAGCACUCCAGGAUAUAGAAGGUGAAUUUAUUUGUGGGUUCACCAUCUGACCAAAAUAACUGUGACGUUUCGGCUCCUAAGAGCCUUAAUCAUGCAUCAGCUGAGGGCUGUCAGCCAGUAAGUGUGAUCUUGGAUCUGCCAGGCUAAAGUCAGUUGGAAUCUAGCUUCUCCUGCGGAAGACAACCUAAUGCAGACCAGGCAAGUUGUCAAACCAUUCUAAAGUGGGCUGUAGUAGUUAAAGUGUUUUGGGUUUCUUUAAAUGUAACCUUGAUCAAGAUAAUAUUUGGAAUGAAGGGUUUGGGGGAUUUAUUUUGUCAUUUUGAGACAAUAUCCUCACAGUCACAAAGUAAAAUGAAAAAAGGUAUGUAAAUAAGAGCGGAGCAGUAAAAAAAGGUGAUAAACCCAAAACCAACUAUAAAUUGUGAAAAUUUUGAGUGUUGUAGUAAUACUCAGUGGUCAGUAGAUGGCCCCAGGUUGACACAUCUCACCGCACGUGCAAAGAAAAUGCAUAAAGACACAUAGUAGUACAAUUUGCUUUAAAUGAGAAAUGCUUUUAACGUCAUCAUUAAUGUACCAAAAUUCCCCAAAUAAUUAGAUUAAGGAAAACAGGUUUCUGUCAUAUAAUGAUAAAGCUCUGUUAUAAAAAAAAUGCAAAAAAUUUAUUAAAGGACCACUAUAGUGCCCUGAGGGUGCCCCCACCCUCAGGGACCCCCUCCCGUCCGGCUCUGGAAGGGGGAGAGGGGUAAAAACUUACCUUUUUCCAGUGCUGGGCGGAGAGCUCUCCUCCUUCUCUCCUCCUCCGUUCCGCCCCGUCGGCUGAAUGCGCACGCGCGGCAAGAGCUGCGUGCACAUUCAGCCGGUCGCAUAGGAAAGCAUUAUCAAUGCUUUCCUAUGGGCGCUGCGUGCUCUCACUGUGAAAAUCACAGUGAGAAGCACGCAAGCGCCUCUAGUGGCUGUCAAUGAGACAGCCACUAGAGGAUUAGGGGAAGGCUUAACCCAUUAAUAAACAUAGCAGUUUCUCUGAAACUGCUAUGUUUAUAAAAAAAAUGGGUUAACCCUAGAAGGACCUGGCACCCAGACCACUUCAUUAAGCUGAAGUGGUCUGGGUGCCUAGAGUGGUCCUUUAAAAAAAUCUGUGAUAAUAACAGAUAAACAGAAUGUCUCUUACUAGAGAACAUGGUGAGUAGGCUCGGCAUACGCCGUUACUCACUGCCAAGCUUUGUUUGUAGUGUAUCUAGUUGUGGAGUUGGAGACACUGGCUCUCUGUAGCUGUAACAUACGGAAUGCAGUAAUCCGGCUUCAGUGCAGCCCGAGCGAUAUGAGCGUGGUAUUUCCAAGCUCCUGUAGUCUCCGCCCCCUUUGAUGUCAUACAAACAAAAAAUUUACAAACAAAGAAUGGCAGUGAGUAACGGCGUAUGCCGAGCCUACUCACCACGUUCUCUUGUAAGAGACCGUCUGUAUAUCUUUUAUGAUCACAGAGUUUUUAAUCAAUUUGUUUGCACUGUGUUUAUAACAAAGCUUUAUCAUUAUAUGACAGAAACCUGAUUUUCCUAAUUAUUUGGGUAAUUUAAUGAGAAUUUUGGUACAUUAAUGAUGAGGUUGAAAGCAUUUCUCAUUUAAAGCAAUCUGCACCACUAUGUGUCUUUAUGCAUUUUCUUUACACGUGCGGUGAGAUGUCACCUUGGGGCCAUCUACUGACCAUUGAGUAAUACUACAACAUUCUAAAAUGUUUCACAAUUUAUACUUGGUUUUGGGUUUAUCACCUAAAAUGUUCAUUUUAUUAUACUGCUCUUAUUUAUAUUCUUUUUCGUUUGAUUUUGAUUUGUGUGUUGGUGGUACAACACAUUGAGUGUGUUAGCAGCAUUAUAAAUAAUUCAUACCAAUGCUAAGUUGCAUAAAAUGUAAAAAUAUCAGAGCGCUCCUAAAUUAAAUUAAUAUCACUGUUAUUUUAAUUUUUUAAACUUGACACUCCAGUUGUUGGUGUACAGUUUUCAUUAAUUGUUGGAGGGCCAGACAGGCAUAUUUUUAAAUCUAAAUGUGAUUUCUUUCAUUGCGUUCAGAAUGCACAAGUCACUAUUAAAGAAAAGACUAUAUACUUUUCUGUAAUAUGUCACUGAAAUUACAAAUGGAUUAUAGCUAUCCCAUUUCUAUACACAUCUGCUUAUACCAGUUCUUAUCGAAAACACCCACAGUUUUAAAAAGGAUAAAAUGUUUAUACAAAUUGCAUGGUAUUUAGAUUUAGAUCAUGUCCUGCCGUGAGUGGUUUCAUCAUUGCCUCCCCCGCAGAUUUCAUGGAAAGUAAUUUUCAUUCAUUAAAUAUUUGAACUUUUUUUUUAAUUUUUUUUUUUUUUAAAUUCUUUAUUUUUGCUGUGCAUGAAAUAACUUUCGCAUGUCAUCAAUGCCAUAACAGUAUUCUUAAACAAUUUGAAAACACAUAUUAGUUGACUGUUGUACAGCAUUCAGAUCAAACGCACAAUUUUUUAGGUUAACAAUACAAGCUGAGUACAAGCUGGGUAACUACGUCUAUCAUAAUGGAUUUCUUUGUCGAUUAGUAACAAUAGCUGAAGAUUAAUAUUUAUGUUGCAUCUCGGUGUCAUCUAGAUAUUUAAAGUGUUGAACUUUUAAUAUAUUGGCAAGCAUUCUUUUAUCCUUUUGUGUGUUUUAAUCUAGUUUAAUGCUUGAACAUUUUUUACACAUGCCAACUCUUGCUAAACACAUGCACAAUCUCUCUGCAAUACUAGGGACCAGAUAUGUCACUUGCAAAGCUGAUCAAAAUUAUAGACGAUGGCUGUCCAAAUGUUGCAAGUUCGCUGCAAAUAAGGUAUUUUGUUUGUUUCUUGUAUUGUUGUCUGUUUUGUUAAUCUUUCUGUCUCUAUAUAUAAAACCUAUCUAUAUUUUUAAGGGGGGUCAUAUAUCCCUGUGCAUGAUUGUCUAACUCUAACCUCAACAAUUGUGACAGAAAAAGUAUGCAAUCUCUGUUUUGUUUAGGAUAAAGCUGAUGGCUGAAGGAGAGCUAAAGGACAUGGAGCUCUUUUUUGAUGAUCUUGCGGAUUCCUUCACAGGACCAGAGCCUGAAGUACACAAAACAAGUGUUGUUGGUAGGUACUGCUUUCUGUAGAAGAUGAAUAUGAUUGUUUUGGGUACCUGGUUUGAUAAAUAGCAUUUAUCAAACUGCUGGAUUAUUAUGUCCUUUAGAACACUGCAUUCAAACUCUGUUCUCAAUGAUCACUAAAGGUGCAGACUUUAUAGACUUCUUCAGACAGAAUUGGAAAGUCUUCAGGUAGUAAUUCCCAACGCUGGUUGACAUUCAGAAAUGCUCCAGUCAAUAAAAUGUAUUAACUAUUUAUGUUCAUCAUAAGAAUCGGCCAUAUUGGGAGUGAAGGGAGGUGAGACAGACAUGGUCCAAUGAAGCAGCAUGGUAUUGUGCAACAAAUCUGUUUCUGGCAAAUGCAUGCAGCAAUAACCGGCGAUUAAUCCGUGCGAUUAUGUUUGGAAUAUAUCUCCUUUGUUUUAAAGCAAAGGAGCAACAGUUUGGAAAAUAUUAAAGGAGUUACUCACUAAACAACAAGUUAUAUAUUGUAUUGUGUUUCACCCUGAAUCAGAAUUCAGAAUUAUUAUUUUUUUAAAUAAUGGGUUUAACAGUGCUUCAGUUUAUGUUCAAGUAUUGGGAAUUGUUUUUUCUCUCCUCUCAACACGCUCACAACACUGGACUAGGCAAGGACUGUGCAGCACAGAUUCACUCACACAGGCAAAUGUGAUUUCUAAUCUGAAAAAUUUGCUCCAUCCUAAGCCAACCUCUUUAUAUGGGGUGCUGGGAGGAGUCCCGUGGUUUUGGAAGUAUGAGCUUAAUUGAUGAUCUAAUUUUCAUUUGGAAGCUUUAACAACCAUAACAUGAAUCUCGAUGGCUACUGCUGUACAGAAAGCGGAUUUUCUAGAUGUUAAACUAUCUGCUCAUAGCGAUAAGUCCAUUUAAACAUAUGCACACAAAAUCCAACUGUGGUUAUACAGUUUUGCAUAUGUUAACAGUUAACACCCCCUCCAUUUAAUCAAAAUUGUUCCAGUGAGUCAAUUCGUAAGAUUACAUAGAUAUGGUACUUCUGAAGUGAUGUUCCUACAACAGUCCCAGGAAUUAAAUCAGAUAUUUUUGGAGAAAGAUUAUCCCUAGUGGAUGAUUGACAGGCUUCAAUAUUUCAUUUGAGAAAAAUUAAAUCUCUUCUGUGUAAGUAGUCAAAAAGUAAAACAACGGUACAUAAUUUAGAAAGACUUGUGGUGAUUGUGUGGCAAUCACUGCUAUCUGCCAAUCCAGUGCUCUCUAUUCCCAUUCUUGUGCCCAUUCACAAGAAAGGUAAUAGGGAGGAGUCGGGCAAUUAUAGGCCAGUAAGCCUUCAGUAAUGGGGAAAGUGAUGGAAACCAUGUUAAAGGAUAGGAUUGUUGAACAUCUAAAAACAUAUGGAUUUCAAGAUCAGAGACAACAUGGGUUUACUUCAGGGAGAUCAUGCCAAACUAAUCUUAUUGAUUUUUUUGAUUGGGUUACUAAAAUUACAGAUCAGGGUGGUGCAGUAGACAUUGCUUACCUAGAUUUCAGUAAGGCUUUUGAUACUGUCGCACAUACAAGACUUAUCAAUAAACUGCAAUCUUUAAGUUUGGAUUCCAAUAUUGUUUAAUGGGUAAGGCAGUGGCUGAGUGACAGGCAACAGAGGGUUGUAGUCAAUGGAAUAUAUUCAAAGCUUGGGCUUGUCACCAGUGGGGUACCUCAGGGAUCUGUACUUGGACCUAUUCUCUUUAAUAUUUUUAUUAUUGAUAUUGCAGAAGGUUUUGAUGGUAAAAUACAAAUAAAUCACUUCUAAUUGUAUUUCAAUUUGUAGGGCUGUUCAUCCGACAUAUGAUCUUGGCAUACAACAAACUUUCAUUUAGCCAGGUGUACAAGCUGUAUACAUCACUGCAGAAUUAUUACCAGUGUGAAAAGAAAAAAACAGUCUCCAAGGCUGACAAUGACGAAGCAGAGAUGGAGCUGACCAAUUCUGAAGAUGAUGACGAAGAAGAAGGCAAGAUGGAGAAAGAGGAUCUAGAAUUUCCCAUUGGGUAAUCUCACUAUAAAUAAGGGACUUGCAGCUUAAAUAAUUGGAAUGAAAUGUCUCUGUUUGAAAGUAUACAUUUCAGAGUUUUGUUUUGUUUUUACAUUGAUGAAAUAAUGCAAAUCGUUGUAUUUAAGUUAUGAAAUAUAAUUGUAUAUGCUUUUUAAACUGUACUUUUGGUCUGACUGUUUUACAUAUGACCACACAAUAUAGAUAAAAUAUAACAUGCUAACUAGAUUUAUUUGUUAACAUUUUAUUAAACAUAGAAUUGAUGAGACUGUUUGGUUGGGUAAGCAGUCCUUAACCACACACAUCCCUUUCCUGUUUGCUGUUGUUCAUCUAUGGGGUUUAUUAAACAGCCAAGCGCAAUAUCCACUACAGCUCGUUGCUCCUCAAAUCCACUACCAUCUUCAGAAAGCCAGAUGUUCCUAAGCAGUGCCGUGUUCGGUUUAUUUUUCAUAUACUUUUUUUUAUUAAGAUUUUACAAGUAUAAGAACUCAAGUGAAGAGCAGCUCAUCUCUGCCCAGUACAAUGAGAAUAUUUAUGUCAAGAUAUAUCAACAGUGUUCAUACAAAUCAAGAUAAAACUUUAAAUUAACAGUAGGCAUUAGUCACUUUCAUCUGUGACUAAUUGCUUGAACAGUUGGGUCACUCAGAAUUUCUGGCUUUCAUUAAACAUACGAGGGAGACAUUAAAGUCUUCAAAUUAUGGUGCCUUGGUCAUGUGCUAGCACUUAGACCUGACACAGCGUCUUCGGUUUAACUGUCAAAUAUAUGUAUACCCUGUCUUUCAGCCCGUAUAGCACCUUUAUGUAAUUUAACCCAUUUGUCCAUAGUAUUCUACACUUGAUUGCCAUGCAGUUUGAAAGGAUUCGUACAUUUUGGGACAGUUUACAGCCAUGCAUACUUAUGUGUAAAAUAAGUGUGCUUUUGAGGGGCAUGUCCUUUCCAAUUGAGGGCAAUCAGGUGUCUGGCUGCUAGUAUAAUUAAAGAACCCAUCUGCUUGCUGUAUUUGGAUAACUUGGGAGGGAGAAGAAGAAACACACAUUCUAAUAUUUUGAAUAAUGUCGUGUAAUUUCAAGCUCGAGAGGAAUCGUGCUACUUCGUCUCACAAAUUGGCAAACUCUCACCUACACAUAAUUUAUCACCAUUAGUUGUGUUACUUCUUAUGAAUUCUUUUUAGAGCAACUAGAUGAACUACAGGUUUAUGUCCCCUUCUGUGGUAGACCAUUAAUGACACCAGAUCCAUGAUCCCUGUUCUCUGGGUGAAAAAUGGAGGUAGAAGAGAGGAGAAAUUGGAUCAAUGGAGCGGCUGACUGCAUAUAUUUAGAGUAUACCUGAUACAUAGCUAAUAAUUGUAUACCCCUUGCCACACUAUCUUAGUAAAUCCCUGACCACUUAUGACUGUACUUACAUAUUCACUUGAUAGGUAGGUGUUGUUUUUUUUUUUUUUGGUAUUUAUAUUUUUAUUUUAUUGAUUUUUCUUUUCUUUUUUUUUUUUUUUUUUUUUUUUUUUUUUUUUUUUUUUUUUUUUUUUUUUCUUUUUUUUUAAUAUAUCUUUUCUAGGGAAGAAGAGUUGGCUUGCAACGGACCUCUAUCCCAGAAACAAGCAGAAUAUUUCCUCUCUCAGCAGGUAUAUAGCCAUAGCCCUUUUCUUGUAAUUUUUUUCCUGCAGGGCCCUGAUUCCCUAUUGUUCCUGUCAAGCCUUUUUUUUUUUUUUAUAUAUAUAUAUGUAUAAAUUUCAAAGUAGGAGGUACCCUGGGUUACCUGAGAAAGCACUUUGAUGAUUAGUGCAUGAAAAUAUCAUGGUAAAUCGCCAGGUAUCUGAACUCCAAAUAAUUAAUCAAGUAUACAUAUACCGAAAGAUAAGUAAAGGUAGACAGAAUAGAGUAGAGUAAGAGAUUUGCUGUAUAUUGUUUAAACCUUUUAUGUGCAAAUGUAGUAAAAUUCACUUAAAUAUGCUUAACUGCAUCCCCUGAUUACAAUACCCCCGUGUGUGCUUUUGCCAAGUUUUUGUAAAAACAGAGGGCAAGUUACAACCAAUUUCUAAAACUUUGAAAUUGAAGAUUGAUGCAUGUUAUAUCUUCAGUGCUUUAGCAUCUUGCAAUUAUAUCAUAAAUAAGAAACAAUUUUCGGUACCACCAGUAAAGCCAUGGGGUACAACUGUGCCUACACGGUGCUGUCUGUACAACUUAGGGGUUUAGGGCUUGGGUGUAGCUUCAGUCAGGGGGCCUUGGAGAGUAAUCAGUAUUUUAAAAAAUGACACUCCAAGCACCACAACCUCUACAUCUAGCUGUAGUGGUUAUGGUACCAGGCUUUCCCUGGUGUCCACCAAUGUAAAUAGUCAAAAUGUUUAACGUUUUGAACUUUUUUCCUGUUCUCUUCUUUCAGCUGAUGUUAAUGCUUACAUCAGCACUGGGAUUUUCCUACAAUACAUCACUGAGCACUCCACUCUGCUUUUUACAAUUCUAAAGGAAACUUCUUGAUUUAAGUAUUUAUGUUAACAACAAAUAAUUUGCCACUUAAACCUUUUGGUCUCAAUUCAGAACUAACUAUUGAGAUUUAUUGAUCAUCUAUAUUUUUAUAUUAUAGCCAUGAGAGUAUCCUUGAAUAUCGCUUACAGUAAAAUAGUCUUUAGGGGUGUGACUAAAAAUUUGGAUUACCCGCAUGGGUGAAACCAGAAUAUUUUUUUUUUUUUUUUCUUUCUUUAGUAGAACAAUUGACUUAAAUGUAAUAUUAAGCAUUGUUUAUUUUACUUAACCUUGUAUACUGUGCCUUCCAUUACCAGCAUGUAAAUCAUCACCUCCUGACUAAUCUAGUUACUAAUCCGUUUUGAGCUAAUGGGUUGAGUUUUGGGUUAAUUAGUGGCACAAUAUUUCUUACAAUAUUUCUUACCAUUUUGCAGAGAAAAAAUAUUUGAAUGUGAUUUUAAUUGAUAUACCUCUUACAUUUUGACUUUAGAGGCUUUCUUUUGACUCCUUUUUAUUAGAAACUAGUUAUAUUAUUAUUAUUUUUAGAGUACUUGUCGUGUAGAGUGUAGCAAGUAGGUUUUAUGGAUUCUUAGAUACAAGGUAGGUGGACAAUGAGAAAACAAUAUUUGAAAGCAUUUAUUUAAUUAUCAAAUUUUCAGGCUUCUUUAUUGAAGAAUGAUGAGAGCAAAGCCUUCACACCUGUCUUGCUGCAAAAAGAGUUGAACAAUCUAUUGAAGUUUAAUCCAGAUUUUGCUGAAGCUGUGAGUCUUAAUUUCACUGUUAAAUUCGAAUACAUAUAUACAAUGUAUUGCAUUACACACCGUGUUGACUAAUGAACUUUACAGGUGGCUCUAACCACCGAAUUUCACUCUGCUCCCUGAUUUGUUGGACUCUGCCCUUUUAAGCUAAUGUAAUGAACCCCUAGCCCAAUGAGCAUUCCAUGACCUGUUUAACACCAUAAAUAAUAAUAAUCGUAUUUGGGCAAGAAAUCAAUUUUAAGAAGUCUGACUUCACUUAUGCUACUUAGUGCCAUCCCAGAAAAAAUUGACAUAAUGCAGGACUUUUCACCACCAUGCAAGUAGACCUAUCACUUUAGUGGGUGUCUUGUAUCAAAAAUAUUAAAUAUCAAAAUCCACUUAAUUGACAGUACAUUCUACCCUAAAUCACCUUAAUGCUAUCCCCAACCCCCUCUAGCCUAAACUCCUUAUCUUUUCUUUGAAGUGAACUGCCUUUUGUCUAAACACUGAGUUGUUACCAACUUUAUCUUGAAUCCUAUAUCAUAUUGGUUCGAGCAGAGUUUGUUUUCAAGGCUGGCAAAUUGCACUUAGUAAUGCACUUUAUUAUUGCACAUUAGUUUAAACAAACAAACAAAAAAUCUGAAUUAAAAAUAUGUAAAAUACCUCCUUCCUCUAUUUUCAGCAUUAUCUGAGCUAUUUAAACAGCUUGCGAGUCCAAGACGUGUUCAGCUCAACACACAGCCUCCUGCAUUACUUUGACCGCCUGAUUCUCACAGGUGCAGAAAGUAAAAGUAAUGGGGACGAGGGAUAUGGAAGGAGCCUUCGAUAUGCUGCUCUUAAUCUGGCUGCCCUGCAUUGCCGUUUUGGACACUAGUAUGUUUUGGUGAAAACUUCUCACAGCAGAAUGUAACUAAUAGUAAUGUAUUGAUGUAACAGAUUUUUCUUACAGGACAUUCACUGGAAUUGUUACAUUAUUUUUUUUUUCUGUUUUGUGUUUCUAUUCACCUCCAAUAAGCACUGUUUAUUGGGGUAAAGUAUAAAUUGUAAAGGGACACUGUAGCCACCGAAACAACUUUGCAUAAUUAAGCAGUUUUGCUGUAUAGAUCAUGCCCUGCAGUCUCACUGCUUAUUUCUCUGCCAUUUAUGAGUGAAAUCACUCUCUUUAUGCAGCCCUAGUCACACCUCCUUGCAUGUGACUUGCACAGCCUUCCUCAACACUUCCUGAAAGUCAUCUGUUUACACUUCCUUUAUUGAAAAUUCUGUUCAAUUUAGAAUUUAUCACAUGCACUGUUACUAGAAUGCAGGAGCCUCCUGUACCUGAUUAUUUUAAUUUUCGCUUGAUUGAAGUGUAACGUAUUUAUAGCAUAAACGUUUUUUUUUUUUUUUAAAUCUUUAAAAAAAAAAUUAUUUUUUUACAUUGAGAUAAGUAAAAUAAAAUUCAAGAGAGAAAUCAAAAACACAAUGUACAGUCAUGGUUUAGCAGUCAAAGAUGAUUGGUAAUACCUCAUUUUGUAAAAUAACAAUGUCAGGCUAUAGUAGGCAAGAUUGACAUGUCUGGAAAAAUAAAUGCAACACUAAAAUACGGGAUAUGCUGGCUAGGCUUGGAGAUUAAGACAUGCCUGUAAAACAGUGUAAUAUUGGAGAUGACACAACUCCUCAUCACUUCGAUCUACCCAGACAUUGGGCGUUAGUACCACUGGAUGUCAAGAACAGGGAUAUGCAGUAAAUUAAACAACAAAAAAUUAAGACAAAUGGCUAAAGCAAGUAACUAGAGAAACUCAUUGUUCAGGCUAAUAGGUGGCUGCUUGUUGUCACCUUAUAGUUAAUUUUAUUAAACUGUUUUCACUAUUCAAUGUCCAUUUAUUUUUUAUUUUAUUUUUUUAAAUUCUGGUUCUAGUCACCAAGCCGAACUAGCACUGCAGGAAGCCAUCAGAAUUGCACAAGAAGCGAGUGACCACGUGUGCUUACAGCACUGCCUGGUAAGUGCCUGAUAAAGAAAGCUGUCUUGUACACGUUUGAAAUUCAAAAUAGUUUCAAAAUGAAAUAACCAGUUCAGGGAUAAUGGAAGGUGAUUUUUUUUUUUAAAUUUUUUUUUUUAUUGCAAAAUUACCUUAGCGAUGCAGUUGUAUUUUCAUUUUUGGAUAAAAAUCUAUUUAAAAAAAAAAAAAAAAAAAUUGUUUCAAAACAUAACUUUUAAUAAAUGGAUGCAACCACACACACAUUAUACUGUUUUGUAUGUAUAAAAAAAAAAUAAUCACAUUUUAGUUAUAUUUAUUCGUGUUUUUUUUUGUGGUUUUUUUUAUUUAUUUAUUUAUUUUUUUUGAGUUUUUACUCUUUUUAUUUAUUCCAGCUAGAGGGUUACCCACGUUUUUUUUUCCCCUAGGGUUUUAGCUUUUCCUUUAGCAAAAUAAAUUACAAUGUUUUACAUAUUUUGUGACCAGUAUACCAGUUCUGUAGUAUUACUUGAGUCACUUUCUGUUUCCAGUUCCAUGUCUUGUUCAUAUUCAUGUAAAAAUCUGUUUAACAUGUCUUCACUAUUGUCCUUCAGAGUUGGCUCUAUAUCCUGAUGCAGAGGAAAGGAGCAGACAGCAGUGUGUUUCUUGAACAUUCUGUGAAGCGAGCCAUACAUUUUAACCUACCAGUAAGUAGACCUUUAUCUCAAGUUCCAAUGUUAAAGGACAUUGACCUUGAUUUAAUAUUUCGGGGUAAAAUGUUGGGGAGAUGGGGUUGUUUUUUGUAGUUUUUUUCCAUUAAUAAAUAUAUAUUUUUAAAAAUUCGAAAAAUGUAUGCAUUUUAAGUUUAUCCAAAAAGUGAGCAUAAGAGCUAAACCAUUUUUAGUAAUCGAGGAGAACAAGGGCAGAGGAAGAAACUGUGUUACUUAUAGUAUAAUAUACUUAUUCACGAUCAGCUAUGGUUUCCGACCACAAAUGUAAAGGCGUUAGCCUGUAGUUGUGGGAGGUGUUGUCCGGCCUAUUUAAACCCAUACCUCCUACCCUAACCUGCACUCAAGUUUCAGCAUUACCCUCCCACCCUUUUGGUUAAUAUUUAAAUAUCUUCACUCUAAUCAGUUGGGCCCUCUUUAUUGCAGGCCUAAACACUCGUCAGUUCAGGCACACCACCACCGACUUGUAGUAUAAUAAUACUUAUCACGAUCGGCUAUGGUUUCCGACCACAAGUAAAGUUUUAGUUUUUAGAAGGAUAUGGGUUGCUGAGAGAAAGUGGAGACCGGUAAUGUUAUACUAUUUAAAACAAAUGUACUGUGGAAUUACUCUGGCUAUAUUAAACUGUUCAGGAAUAUCAGUAAAGGGACACUCCACACAACUUUAAUGCAUUUGAUAAACCUAUCAAAUGCAUUAAAUAAAUAUUGGUGACCGGAGUGUCCUUUUGAAGGUUCAAAGUUAGUUUGGUUUGUAAGGGUUGGAGCUGAUAUGGGCAGAAUGAAGACUUUAGGGAAGUCCAAACAUUGAAAUUAAUAUGAAUUGCAAUGUAGAAUAUCUGAAGAUUUAUUACUCCCAUUCGCAAUGAGUAAAUUUCAACUUUAAGGCCAGAGUAGCGAACUGAAAGCGUAGCUGACUUAGAGAAUGUUUCCAGUAAAUUGUUGGGUUUGUUAAAGUUACAGUACUAUAGUGGAAAAUUGCUUCAUACUUACCGUAAUUUUCUUUUCCUGAUAAUUAUUCAUGGCAGCAUUUACUCAUGGGUUAGCUCCUCCCUUUACAGCAGAAAGGACAGGAAAUAAAACUUUGAAACUGGUAUAAAUAGAUCCUCCCCCUUCCCAUCAGGCAGUCUUUGUAACUAGCUUCACAACUCGCAUACUAUAUGGGUGGGAACGUAACACUGCCAUGAAUAAUGAUCAGGGGAAAAAAAUUACAGUAAGUAUGAAACAAUUUUCCACUUUCCUGACCAUUAUCCAUGGCAGCAUUUACUCAUGGGGGAUACCUAAGCAGUGUGUGUGUGUGUGUGUGUAUGUAUAAAAAAAAGGGACAGUGUUCAAAUUGUCAUAAAAUCUGCUCAGACAAGAUAAUUUUCCUUAGAGGCUGCAAGGUCAGCAACCUCCUGGCAUUCAAUAUCUGAAAUAUCCUGAAUAAAUAUAGAGUCAGUUAGGAAUUAAAGCCAUGAUAGAAUAAGCUAGAGAAGGAUAAUGUCAUUCUGAUAUAAAAUCUAAAACCAAAUUGAUCAUGAAAUCAGUACCUCUACAAAGGCAUAACUUCCAGAGAUCAUACUGGAACAAGCCGAUACUGUUGGAUGAGAACGGACACACCAUGCUAUUAAACACGGGGAGAAUUACACUGAGAAUCCUACUACUUACUGGAUGUAUUUAUUAAAUACGAUUCACACUGCUUCCUCUUGCCUUGUGAACUACUUACCUGAAGAUACAGGAACAAAUCAAUAUCUGCCUGUAGUGAUGUUCCGAACGGUUCGCCGCGGACGGCGAACAUAAACAUAAACUUUGACCCUGUACCUCACAGUCAGCAGACUCAUUCCAGCCAAUCAGCAGCAGACCCUCCCUCCUCCUGGACAGCUCACUAAGAAUGCAGCUUCACAAUGAAUGUAAAAUGGAUGCUGUCUGGGAGGGAGGGUCUGCUGCCUCGGCGAACCGUUCGGGACAUCAUUAUCUGCCUGUCAGAAAGAGGCAGAGCCUAGUAGAGAAAUAAGAGUCUGUUAUUAAAACACUGCAACAAUGAUCCGAUAUUGCUAAAUUCAGAUUCACAACAGUACCUCACACCGUGGAUGAAUUGAUACAGCAAUGAUCAGUCACAGGAGAGGAAUAAACUAAUAACAUUACUAGGCAAAGGCAAGAAGAAUCAUAUACAGAUUAGUUGAGGGGAAAAAAAAGAAAUAUCGGUAUGAACCGUAGAAUUUGUGGCAACUAUUAUAUUAUAAGGAGGCCAACCACGUCAGUACCUACAUUUGUAAAUAGUACAGAUUAUGCCAAACAGUAUAAUCAAAUUUAUUAAAGACUGUUGUGCAACAUAAGUAAGAGAUAUGUAAUAGGCAUGAUACUGAUGGGAAGGUGGUAACCAGAGGCACAUUAUACAUUGUGGCAAUAGACACAUAGUAAGCAGGAUAGUAGAAGAUAUUCAGUUAUCCUUAUGAGAACAACCACCACCUACUUACUCCUACCUUAUCUUCAGAUAGUGAAGAAGUACUUAUGGCCGAGCCUAUGGUGAUAAUAAGCAGCUUGUUAUAUCUGCAAGAUGAUAACACCAAUCCAAGCAUAUAAUCCACAAGUAUUAAAUCAAUGCAAUGUUAGGAGUGACCAUAACUUAUCCAGAUCUAGGUACAGGGACCAUGUAAAACAUAUCAGUCAAAUGUUUGUCAUCAACAAGCUGCAUUACAUUAUAUUAUGCAGGAUGAAUCAAUCAUUAAAAGCCACACAUUGGUUGCAAAUCCCAGAUAUAAGGACACCUAGAAGAAUCCCCAUGAAUAUCAGAAGAGAAGUCAGUAAUGGAACUACCUGUUUAGGGAUUUCCUCUAUUGUUCAGGCAGCAGGUGAAUUUUACCUGAAAUAGUAAACCUGAUAGAAUGGUCUGGGGACUGGAAAGACCUUAAAAUACUUGCAAUACACAGCAUCAAAGUUACCUGGAGCAUGAGAGCCUAAAAGAAUACCUUUAUUGCAGAAAGGAAAUUAUAAUGUUCCCCUUCACAACAGGGGAAUCGGUCAGAAGUUUCUGAUCAUUAACUCCUUAAGAACCAAAAGCAUGCUACUCCUGACAUAUACUAAAGGGAUUGCCAAACUUUCAGGUCCCCAAGGGAUAAAAGAGCAUACUGAAUAUAAAAUUUAUACUUUAAGGAAAUUAAUUCAAAUUUAAAGAAUAAUAGGUUAUGACCAGGUGAAAGAAAAACCAGUAUUAACAGCUUUUAAAUCCGGUAAUGGCUUCAGCGUUACCUACUUAUGAGAUCAAUUAAUAGCCCAAUUUGUGCUCCUGCAAUCAGUAUGAUCUACUAAGCUGUCCAUCAGUAAUCAGCAUAUAUCUGAAGGUAAAACACUGUCACCAAUUGAAAACACAUUCCCUAUCUUGGACAGAGAGGAGAGGAUGCCUGGCAAUAGAAAAACUUUUGUAGAUGGGUCUCAUGUAUAAAUACAUAGGAGUGCACCCACAAAAAAAUAACCAUUGAUUCUGUUAAACAUUACCAUGCUCCAUUUUGGAAAUCAGGUCUCCUUCUGUCCUGGGAGAGGCACUCAGACAGGUUCAGUAACACCUGCAAUCUAUCUGAAGUGGUAAAAUGUGUUAAUUGCUUAUCCUGAAACACCUGUGGGAGAAGGAAUCUAAUACAAAGCCAAAAGCAGUAUGUUUCCUUAUCUACUUCAUUUAAAAAACUGAAAUAGAAAAUCCACAGUAGGCAAUUAUUACUUACCCAGUACAACAGUGCAUUUGUAUUUGCUAGAACUGGGCAUUGUUACAUUUCAGCGCAAAACAGACCUUAGAUCAUUUGUAUUAUUAAAUCUACCAAUGCCGUGCAUAAAUUGGGGUUAUCUAAUACUACCAACCUGCAUACAGAUUAUAUGAAUCACAUACAUUGUGGAUGUUUCUGACAGCACCUUAUACACAGAUAUAUCAGUCACAUAUACGGAGUCUGUUUAAACAGUAAUCAUACAUAGCCUACAUCUGCUAUAUACAGUGACACUAUGCCUGUACACAUGUUAAGAUUAUAUGAGUGAGAUAAAUUGAGGCUGUGUUUUAACAGAACUUCAUGCACAUAAUAUACCACUCACAUAUACUGAGGUUGUGACUCACAACCCACACAUAGAACCAGUAUUAGAUUGAACUCCUAUAGCGGAUGUACUUAUAUCAUUCACAUAUAUAGUGUUUUCACUAAUACAUCAAUCAUUAUAGAGAACAGAUACACUGAAGCAAUGUCUCCACACCAUCUUACCUAUAGAGCAUGUAGAGGACAUAUACUGAGGCUGUGUUUUCACAGCGACUCAGAGCAUAUAAAGAACACACACUGAGGCAGAGUCUCCCAAUCAACUCAUACAUAGACAAUAUAGUGGAGAUAUAUAUAUAUAUAUAUAUACACACACACACGCUGUGUCCUCAUAGUAACUCGUACAUAUACUGAGGCAGAGUCCUCAUUGUAACUCAUACAUAGAGCCUCUAGUAGGUACGUAUACUGAGCCUGUGUCCUCAUAGUAACUCCUACAUAGGGCAUAUAGUGGAUACAUAUACUGAGGCUGUGUCCUCCAUAGUAACUCCUAUAGAGAGCAUAUAGAGGAUACUUAUACUGAGGCGAUGUCCUCACAGUAACUCUUACAUAGAGCAUAUAGUGGAUAUAUAUAUAUAUAUAUAUAUAUAUAUAUAUAUAUAUAUAUAUAUAUAUAUAUAUAUAUAUAUAUAUAUAUAUAUAUUGUGUGUGUGAAGAAAAAAGGAGUUAAGGGCUGCGCUAUUGUACAGAGAGCAGUAUCAUAAAAUAGAAACCAAUUGGUUGAAGUGUAUAAUCAGCAAGUGAUAAAACCAGGGUAUAAUAGUCUCUAUUGCAAUUAUAUAAAAAUAAUGAAUAAAACAGAGUCCAUCCAGAUGUUCAGUAAAGAUCAAAUAAGAAAAUAUUGAAUAAAAACAGUCUCACUGAUAUAUGGAUAGGGUAUGUGUACAAUCCUCAGGAGUUGAUCCGUCCGGGUUGUAGAUAAUCCGUAUAUGUGAAGAUAAAAGAAAACACACAAAACUGCCAAUGGUGAAAUAUUGUAGCUCCAAGGGUAAAAAUAAGUAAAAAGGAGGAUUGUACAUUCACAUUUGAUGGAGCUAGGGCCAGCUCUGGGGUGAAGGGCACUUAGUGGUAUAAUCCCCACUAAAGGAUGUUCUGGAAGGGUAGGUCCGUCCGUCCGUCCGGCUUGGGUUCCGUCGUAUUCCACAAGGUAUAAGAAACAGCAAAUAGUGCUCUCAGUAAGAACAAUAAAAUAAAAUAUACUCACAAGAGUAGAGCAGAAAAUACUGCUCUAUGGCCACAGCGCUGGUGGAAUUAUCCCCACCUAUGGAUUUCUUGGAACGGGAUACAAUAAGAAUAAAAAUAAAAAAUGCCAGGAAUAAUAAUAGUAAAAGUGUAUAUGAAAUACAAUAAAAUAAGUAAAAGAUUGGUCCUAUAAAAAAGUAACCAAAAAUAACUUUUAUUGUUAUAAAAUACACAAUUUAAAACCAUUAACGCGUUUCACCUAUAAGGCUUUAUCAAAAAUGUUAAUAGGAUAUAUAAAUAAUUUAUAUUGAGGCCGUGUCCUCAUAGUAACUUAUACCAAGAGCAUAUAGUGGGUACAUAUACUGAGGCCGUGUCCUCAUAGUGACCCAUACAUAGAGCAUAUAGUGGAUAUAUAUAUACUGAAGCUGUGUCCUCAUAGUGACUCAUACAUAGAGCAUAUACUGGACACACACUGAGACUUCAUACAUUAUAGCAUAUAGUGGAAACAUACCGAUGCUGUACCACCACCAGUUUAUGUACAGAUACUGAGGCCCAGUGGUCUCCUAUGCAGUAUAUUCUUCCACUGUCUGCAAAGCCUGCUUAUUUGUGAUAAUGGACAGAUAACAGCAAUCAAUGCCACAUGCCUUGAUAGAAACAAGUGUGUGUGUGUGUGUGUGUGUGUGUGUGUGUGUGUGUGUGUACUUAGAGGUAGGUUUUUAAAACCGGUCAUAUACAUGUGUGUACUUCAAUCAGACACCCAAGAAAGUUCUCUUACCUUGGAUAUUUCUCUGUGUUCAGGCUGUGGAAUUCCAGCAGUCUUCAUACAGCCAGGAUAUCCAUUAUUAGCACUCUUUUUCACAAUGUCUCAUUGCAUUAUCAGCACUCCUUUGCACAAUGCCUCCUUGCAUUAUCAGCACUACUUUGCCCAAUGCAUACUUGUAUUAUCAGCACUCUUUUGCACCAAACAUUCUUGUAUAAACUUACCUAAAUGCUCACCACACAAAUCUCCUAAAUGUGACCUAUUUGUUAGAAGGAAGCCUAAUGUAAGCAGCUGGGAGGGACUGAAAGAACAGAGACCCAGGUGCCUAUACCAGUUUUAAUCUAAAUUACUAAUGCACUUACCUGAACCGUUGCAGGCCUGUGUUUCAGUGGCAAAAUGGGGAUUUGAACAACUGACAGCCUAAACUGUUUAAACUAUAGGCUUCCAUCUGUACCCCAUAUGCCGUUCAUCAUCACCAUACAAGGUGGAAUACAUAGAAUAGGUAUACCUCAGUAGUCACAACUCUGUUGGGCCUCAUGUAUGCAGUGUACCGCCGUCAUCCCCUCAGGGAGAGAGAUAGGUUAGACUCCUGAUUGCUGAAGGAGGUACCCAGGCUGGCAACUCUUACACAUGUGCUGUUUGCUGGGUCUUCAGGGAUAAGGGCUUAGACUCAACUGGGCCUCAUGUAUGCAGUGGACUACUUUCAUCACUUCCAAGAGAGAUAGGACAGACCCCUGUUUGCAGGAGUAGGAACCCAGGCUGGCAAUUCUUACCGGUAUGCUGUUUGCUGGGUCUUCAGGGGUAAGAGGCUGAACCCUGGCCUGGCUUCAUGUAGGCAGUAUAUCACAUACAUCUCCUGAGGGGGUACCCAAGCUGGCCUGUUGCUGGGUCUUCAGGGAUAAGAGGCUGAACCCUGGCAUGCAGUGGACCAUUUUCAUCCCUUCAGGGAGAGGUUGGGUCCGACCCCUGGUCACUAAACGGGGUACCCAGGCUAGCCACUUCAUCUUAGUGCUUUUUGCUGGAUCUUCAGGGCUUAGAGGCUGAACCCCGGCAGGGCCUAAAAAAUAUAGCCUGGUGAGCAUAAAAGAAAAAAUCUAGGCCUGCAUAAGCAGACUCCUUCCAAACUGCUGUGAAGGACAGGAAAAAAGACUGCCUGAUGGGAAGGGGGAGGAUCUAUUUAUACCAGUUUCAAAGUUCUGUUUCCUGUCCUUUCUGCUGUAAAGGGAGGAGCUAACCCAUGAGUAAAUGCUGCCAUGAAUAAUGAUCAGGAAAACAUGUUCCACAUUUGACUUUCUUUUAAGAAACGUUAAAACUGUUCGGAUUAUAUUUUUACAUGUUGUACCAUUUUUUUUUAUUUUUUUUUUGUUUGUUUUGUAGUAUUUGGUUUCCCUUGGUAUCCAGUCUUUAGUUCAGCAGAGAGCUUUUGCAGGGAAGAAUACGAACAGAUUGAUGGAAGCACUAAAGGAUUCAGACCUCCUCCACUGGAAGCACAGCCUGUCUGAACUAAUUGAUAUCAGCACGGCUCAAAAGACAGCCAUAUGGAGGAUGUAUGGCCAGAGGUAGGAUCCUGCUGAACUGCUUGAUUUUUCUCUGAUCAGUGGAGUGUACGCCAAUAUCCAGCCUAGACAGAGUAAGGGUCUUUAUUUUCAUUCAUUGACAUUAUUUAACGUCCUCCUUACUGUUUAUCAAAUGAGUAAAGCACAUUUUUAUUGUCGCUACAAUAUUCUCAUUUAAAGUACCAACAUUUUCUACAGCACUGUACAUUAGGUGGACUUACAGACAAGUAUUUGCAAUAAGACCAGCACAGAGGGAGCUGGGGGUCCUGCUUAAACAAGCUUACAUUACAAUUUACAUGCAUUACUGAUUUCAGUAGUAAAGUUAUUAAUAUAGUGCACCUAUCACGUUCCAUAUCCAGUCCACUUACGGCCCGGGAAAAAUGUAUAUAUACACAUAUAUUUUUUUUUUUAUAUAUAUAUCACCGAUUUACUAGCGUAAUAUAUAGGUUUGACUAAAGUCCAUCUUGAAAGGCUAUAUUAUAUUCAAACAAUUUAUACAUUAGUGUGUACUGGGGUUGCCUGGUUUUUGCAUUAAGAGUUAGUAAAGUCCAUUAAUUAGUAUCACAAGUGCAUCGUAACCAGUUUGUGUGUGCUUCCGUAUAUAUAGCACUCUACCUGUGUAGUAGACCACUGAGUACUCUCUGAAUGCUGUGUGUCACCUCCCAGGCAUCAUAGCAAGUGCUGCAAUUACUUUCCCUCUCUCCAGUUAAAAUCUGUAGAGUUUUACCAACUGUACUCGCCAAUAAGCAAAACACUACUAGGAUAAAAUUGAACUCAAACACUUUAGAAUAAAAUAUUUUCCCCUCAAGAUCAGCAGUCUACUAGGCACUUAUAGCUCUGCUGUGUCCUGUAAAACAAAAAUACAUCUUCCGGUAUUUUCUUUGAAUUCACUACCCUUUCCUGUGCUUGUACCUGUCUUCCAGCACCAUGGCUUUGCAGCAGGCACAGAUGCUUCUUAGUAUGAACAGCCUGGAUACUGUAAACGUCGGUGUACAGCAAAACAACACUGAGUCCUUUGCUGUGGUUUUAUGCCAUCUUGCAGAGCUGCAUGCAGAGCAGGUGAGACUGUCGUAGAAUUCAAUAUAAAAUUAAACAUUUUUGUCUUUCACAGGAUGUAAUGAAUUCGAAUGUUCUGUCAUGCAUUGUCUUUUUACGGACAAGGUUUAGAAGUGCAAGAGAAACAGUUUAUGGAUUCCUCACUUCAUUUUAUCUAAGUUGUGUAGUGCUAACAGAACCUGUUUUUGUACAGAACCAUGCAUUAUUUUCUGUUUUUGAAGGGGAUUGUUUUUGGGUGACCGGUUGAAAAUCUUAUUAUCACUGCUGAUAAAUUAGUGGUGAGAUCAAAAAGUGAUGGAUUCCACUGAUUUCAUCGAAUAUAAAAUGCUGUACAACGUCUACACAUCUCAACACAAAAACCUUCUCCAAACAGAGCUUUCCUAAAGGAAUAUUUUUAUUUUUUUUUGCACAACUCUUCCAGAUUGCCACGUGAAAAAAUGCUGACAUCUUUGCCACGUGUUCACAAUUCCAACCCACGUGUGUUAUAAAACAGCAGGUCAUUGCAAAGCAUAGGUGUGUGCAUAUUUAAGUACGGAAUUCUUAUUAUCUUGUCAGUUUUCUGUUCAUGAUUCUUCUAGUCCAAAAAUCAUACACCACAACAGUUUUAGCUGCAUAUUAACCCUAAAGUAAAAUGACCCAGCAUAUUCUAACCUUCUUCAUUAAUGAAGUUUGUUUUAUGAUCUCGAAGUUUGAUUGAUUACCAUUAUAGAAACAUAGAAUGUGACGGCAGUGUUCUAAUGGUUGAUCUGGGUGGCCACUCUUUGUUCGUAUGCACGAUCAAGUGGUGGCGGCCAUCUUGUUCGCACAAACGCAGGCAGCAGUGUUUGGUCGUCGAGUUCGUGGAACUAAAACUCCCGAACCCCGCUGGACUUCCAUGAUCGUCUGCGUUCGGUUUUAUAAGAACACUGUUCAGUGGGAUCGUUAGUCUGGAUGAAGGGAACAAGCUCCACGGUAUGGCAAUGGAUUCUGUUCGGUAGUUUGUUCUGUUUUAAACUACCGAACUUGACCGACUGCUACCACUUUUACUCUGGAACUAUUUUGGGCAGGAGCCUCGUGUGUGGUCGGUCAGAUUAUGACUUCCAUGAAAAUCCUGAACCGAUCUGGGUGAUUUUUGGAUAUGUUGGUCACCCAGAUUGGGGCUAUCAAGGGAUAUAACUUUUGUGGGCUUUUCAUGUAGUUUCAAUGUACUUUUGGGGUGUCUGUGAAAUGUGUGGUUUUUUUUUUUUUGUGCCUGGAGAUAAUUGAGUUUUGUACAGUCCCUGUCUCCAUUAUCUCCCAGGCAUAGGGGAGGGAUUAUCCUGUUUUGUGUGGGAGUGUCAUGGGCGUGCUUGUCUGUGUUCAGAAAUCUAUAAAAUCAGGCCAUCUGGCCAGAUUAAAUCAUUCAUGAAGAUAAUGAGAGGGGGGGGGGGAAACCUACUGUCCUCCCCCCUGGCCCCCACCCCUGAGCGGUGGGUGGGGGCCCUAAUAAAACAAUAAGGGGGGGAUACCUUAUGUCCUCCCCCCUGGCCCCCACCCCUGGGCGGUGGGUGGGGGCCCUAAUAAAACAAUAAGGGGGGGGGGACCUACUUUCCUCCCCCCCGGCCUCCACCCCUGAGCGGUGGGUGGGGGCCCUAAUAAAACAAUAAGGGGGGGGGAACCUACUGUCCUGGCCCCCACCCCUGAGCGGUGGGUGGGGGCCCUAAUAAAACAAUAAGUGGGGGGGGACCUACUGGCCCCCACCCCUGAGCGGUGGGUGGGGGCCCCAGUAAAACAAUAAGGGGGGGGACCUACUGUCCUCCCCCCCUGGCCCCCACCCCAGCGCGGUGGGUGGGGGCCCUAAUAAAACAAUAAGGGGGGGGACCUACUGUCCUUCCCCCCCCCCACCCCUGGGCGGUGGGUGGGGGCUAAUAAACAAUACAUACCUUAGUCCCUAUCCCCACCCCCACGUGGGUGGGGGCCCUAAUAAAACAAUAAGGGGGGGGGACACCUACUUUCCUCCCCCCCGGCCUCCACCCCUGAGCGGUGGGUGGGGGCCCUAAUAAAACAAUAAGGGGGGGAACCUACUGUCCUGGCCCCCACCCCUGAGCGGUGGGUGGGGGCCCUAAUAAAACAAUAAGGGGGGGGGACCUACUGGCCCCCACCCCUGAGCGGUGGGUGGGGGCCCCAGUAAAACAAUAAGGGGGGGGACCUACUGUCCUCCCCCCCCUGGCCCCCACCCCAGCGCGGUGGGUGGGGGCCCUAAUAAAACAAUAAGGGGGGGGACCUACUGUCCUCCCCCCCUGGCCCCCACCCCAGCGCGGUGGGUGGGGGCCCUAAUAAAACAAUAAGGGGGGGGACCUACUGUCCUUCCCCCCUGGCCCCCACCCCAGCGCGGUGGGUGGGGGCCCUAAUAAAACAAUAAGGGGGGGGACCUACUGUCCCCCCCCCGGCCCUCUUAUUGUUUUAUUAGGGCCCCCACCCACCGCGCAGAGGGGGGGGACAGAAUUUUUUCAAGUGCGACAGGUUUUGGGGGUUGAAGAAAGAAGAUUUUAGAAAAAAGAAGACGUUUAAUUUUUUUUUUUACACGUUAGUUAUUUUAUUCCCCCCUCACUAUUCUUAGGGUAGGUGGGGGAUAGGUUUUUUUUUGGGGGGGUGACUAGGGGCUGUGUGUCCUAGUCACCUGAUUGCAGGGGGCCAGGGGAGAGUGACAGGCCCCCUUAUUGUUUUUAUUGGGCCCCAUCACCAGGAGGUAUUGUGCAGCCCCUUAUUGUUUUAGGCCCCACCACCAAAAGAGGGGUGGGGAGGACAGUAGGUCCCCCUUAUUAGCCUUUAUUAGGGCCCCACCCACCGCUAGCAGGGUGGGGGAAAAUAGGGGAGUGAUUAGUAGUCCCCCUUUAUUGUUUGAUAGGCCCCACACGCAGGGUAAAUGAGGGGACAGAAAUUCCAUAUCUUUAUUUAGGGCCCCCACGGGCAUGGGGGGUGGUUAUUAGUUUUUUGUUUUUUUUCUAUAAGCUGCUCACUGCUUACUACACAUGCCCCUACUCGCGGUAUAGCGAGUAGGGGCAUUUAAUUUACUAAUACUAAGUAAUCUUUACUUAGUAUUAGUAAAGUUGGCUAAAAGACCAAUUUAGGUCUUUCAGCCUUUUAGUAGAUAGCUCCCUGAUACCGUGGGAAUUAGGGAGUUAUCUACUAAGCGGCUGCAAGAUGCAGCCGCGGCAAUGAAUAGGAUCGGAGUUUCAUUCAUUAGAAUGAAAUUCCGAUCCGAAUAAAGUGCCGAAUUGCGUUCUAAAAGAAACGAACAUACUGUUCUCAUUCAGUUAGAACGCAAUUCGGCAGUUUUGUGUAAAGUGACAGGAAGCAUUGUGGGAACACAGAGGGAAGGUAAGGAUCAUGGGAAAAUUGCUCUGACCAGCGGAAAUGAAGCACAUUUUGCUCCUCCGCUGGUCAGAGCUGGUCAAGCGGAGGAAUCCUCCAUAAGGCAAAGAGUCCCUACUUUGUCUUAUGAUUUUAAAGAAAACUAAAGAAGAUAGGAAGAAAAGAAUAACAGAUCCUGAGAGAGGGGGAGAAGAGGAAGAGAUUGAGGAAAGGUAAGUUCGGCAUGACAGUGCCGCUUUAAGAACUACUAAAACAAUUAAAUCAGUGCGGGCAGUCGGAUCACGGACGGCUGAGGCAGGCUGCUGACUGAUGGAGUCGGCUGGCUCAUUGAGAAAUAAGGGAGGGAGACCGGCUCAUGGAGGGCUGUGAGAGAGAGGCGUGCGGGCGGCUCAUUUAUUGCUGAGGGAGGGAGACGUCCAGCCCAUGGAGAGCUGAGGGAGGCGGGCAGACGGAUGACUUAAUGCCGCGGCAAGGGUGCUGUAAUCUCCCUGCUCUGCUCUCUCGCGCGGCUUGUAGUGAUGCCAGGAGCCGGGUUAUGACGUCACUCCGGCUCACUAAACAGUGCGCGAGCCGACGUCCGCAUCCUCGUCCGACGUCACAGGAGCCGAAUGCGCAGCACUGCCGCGCACGCAUUCAAAGUGUCCGUAGGAAAGCUUUCUUCAAUGCUUUCCUACGGACGCUCUGCGUGAUUGAGGCAUAAUAUGCCUCAAUCAUUGCAGAUGCGCCUCUAGUGGCUGUCCCCGUGGCACUGAAGGGUUUAAAACACCUUCAGCAGCUUACCUUAAUCCAGCACCGUGCUCCCUUGGCGCGGGUGACCUCCCCCCCCCCCCGCCAACAUCAGCGGAGCCGAAUGCUUUCUUAAUGCUUUCCUAUAGACGCUCUGUGCGGUGGAGACGAAAUGUGCCUCCAGCGUCGCAGAUGCGCCUCUAGUGUCUGUCCGGAAGACAGCCACUAGAGGCUGGCUUAACCCCAAAUGUAUGUGCUAUGUUUGCAUCUGAAGGGUUAAAACCUGAGGGACCUGGCACCCAGACCACUUCAUUGAGCUGAAGUGGUCUGGGUGACUAGUGUCCAUUUAAGAGAGGUUUCCUUUAGAUAAAUCAGUUGAGAUCAUCUGGUAUGUCCCUACUAUGGAUGCAGAUUUUGGUAAACUCAACAAGCACACUGUUGAUUCCUCACAGGAAGCCUCCCACAUCUCUGAUCCUGUAUAUGCAAGCCAUAAUGUGAACUUUUGAAGCUUGUACUUGGGGAUUUGAACGUUUAUUGUUGAUAUAACUGGCAAGAUGUCAUAAAAUUUUAAUUCAGCUGGCAAAAGGUUUCCUGCAAUGUGCCCAAUUAGAAGAUGUUGCAAUACCUUGAAUAAUGUAAAAUUUGCUCUUUUGUAUGAUGCUUUUCUUGAAGGUAUUGUAUGUCUGCUAGAGCCUUGUCUCUCGGGGUUUGUUUGUUGGAGGACUUUGUGUGUGCUGAUCAUGCUUCUAAAAAUCAUUGCAGUUCUCCUUCAAGGAUAAUGCGACUUUAGGGAAAAAUCUUCAGUCCAGAACAUCAGAGAUACAGGUGGGAAAUCCUUAGUCUAAGCUUUUUGGAUCCCAUCUCAUGCCACUUCACCAUCCGUGGAUAUUCCAGUGAUAUGACUUUUGGCCUGGAUCUUAAUAAAACGUUACUAUUAUAUUGUAGAAAUGGAUCUAAUGUGCGGUUUCAUUACAGAAUGUUUUCCAACAAAUGUAUUAGUAUAUUUAAUGUUAAGGACAUUUGCCCAGCUGAAACAACGGGCAUUUGAAUGUACUGCCUAUUUCUUCAGUAUGGAGGUGUUUCCCAAGUUAUAUUUUUAUAUCAAAAAUCUUCAGUCUCCUAUAAAAAUUGGUUUUAUUAGAACAUUCACCAUUUUUUUUUUAUUUUAUGUGUCUCAAAACAUUCCACUUCAACACUUGUUGGCAGGAGUCACAGAAAGUAACCAUACUCUCAAACCUCAUCCAUUUGGAGUCUGUGGAAUGUGACAGGAAUGGCUUUCUAGGUCACUUGGAAAAAUUAGUCCAGCAUAUCCUUCAAGUAGUUUAUGUGAACCUCUGUUUUUUUUGUUUGCUUCAGAACCUAUGCCAAUUUUCCAAAGAUUCCCUUCCUGGGGACUCAUUUUAGAUUCUUACCAGGAAAAAGUCUUACUUCCACUGACAAAGAUUCUGGAGCUGAGAGAGCUUAUCAUCAUUUUCUUAAAGGGACACUAUAGGCAGACCACUUCAUCUCAUUAAAGUUGUCUGGGUGCAAUGCCCCUGUCCCCUUCACCCUGCAAUUGUAAUUAUUGCAGUUAUUGAGAAAUUGCAAUAAUUACCUUGCAGGCUUAACUCCACCUCAAGUGGCUGUCUAAAAGACAGCAACUAGAGACACUUUCAGGUCUGCUAACUGAUGCUGGACAUCCUCAUGCUGUGCAUUAGUACGUUUGGUGCCAGCUAAAACCCCAUAUUGUUGUUGAAAUUAGUGGUGCUUUUAUUAUUCUAUUGCCCUGUUCAGUUUCCUGUUUUUGUGUUUGGGUAUAUGAUAGAGGGAGCAUUUAGAAGGGGAGGAAAUUUUUCUUUAGAUUCUCUAUGUUUUGACUUCCCAACUACUCAGUGACCACAAACCGUCUGUUGGUGGUCACUGUAGUGAGAUUGAUCUAUCAGGAAGUAUAUAUCUUAGUUUUACUGCUGAAGAAGAUAAUGCGUUUUAUUACUAAUUAAUGCAAUUGGAUAUUAAUAAAGCAAAAUGUGUUUUUCAGGGUUAUUUUUCUUCUGCCUCUGAGAUCUUGAAACAUUUAAAAGACAGAUUCCCACCCAACAGUCAACAUGCAAAGGUAGUAUUGCUAGAAUACAGAAAAUGUUUGUGUCUAUUUUCAUUAAAAAAACAACUGUCUGUUCAUAUUUGAUGAAGUAAACUCUAAAAUAUUUGUUCUUGAAUCAAGUUUCUGCAAUAUUCUGAAUUUGCAGCCCUUUCUAGAUCUCACAAAGUGCAUAGUAAUCAUCCCUCCGCUCUCAAACUAAAAGAAAGCUGUAUUGCAUUGCAACUUGCAGACAAUUUACUAACUUCCAUCAAACCUUGCAUGCAAUAUGGUUACUAAGUAUGUAUACACUGAAACCACUAGUUUGUCUUUUAGUUCUAGCAAAUGUGUUGAAAUAUAAAAGUGUUUUAUAACAACUUCAGCUUACUGUAAUGGUUAUAGUGCAAAAAAAAAAUCUGCAGCUUGGGAUAUAUAAUAUUAUAAAUAUCUUUCCACCCCUGACUUGUAAGGUGUACAAUGUUAUCAUGCACUCAACUGUACCGGAAGCGUGCACUUGCAAGUAAUAAUCUUGUAAAGUGAUAAAGUUGUGCAAUGAAUACACACUAUUUAAAUGGGAAUUUAACUCUCAAUAUGUUUUGUUUCUUAGCUUUGGAUGCUUUUUGACCAAAAAAUCCAGUUUGACCGUGCCAUGAAUGAUGGGAAAUAUCAUAUUGCGGAAUCCCUAGUAACUGGAAUUACGGCGCUCAACAGUGUGGAGGGACUGUACAGGUAUAAUCAGCCAGUUGCUGUUAAUGCUGCCUGGUUUAAUUAUUUCCUUAGUAAAUCUACUGUGAUAUGUAUUAACAUUUGCAUUAAUAUAAAUGGAUUCUAUCAGUCCUAGUAAAAUCACCAUUUUUUCCCCAGUCUGUACACUACUAGUGAAACAGUUUAUCUAUUGAUUCACAGUUAAUUCAAAGUGUGUAUAUAUACGGUGCACACCAAUACCAUUUCCAUUUGACAGUUUUUUUUAUUUAAGAGAUGAGGUAGACAUUCAGCAUACAUAAAGUAUAUUGUCAACAAUUGUAUUACAGUAAUCCAUUAUUAUCUAAAGCAGAACAAUGCAAUGGGAGAAUUGGAAUGAAGACAGUCUUCUGUGUAUGUUCAUCUCCUUCGUCUGCGUUUUAACAAAUAAACAAAUAUUACCAUUACCUCCCCGUUUAUCGCAUUUACAACCACAAAGAGAGUAAAGGUGGGGGGAGGGGGGAAAGAGCCGUGAGGAGAGACGGAGUGAGAGGAUUCUCAGUCUCCUGUUGCAGAUUUGAGCUGUGAGGUUGUUCAUCGGGAAGUUAUCCUUUAUUUUAAGUACAACUUUAUCUUUCCUAGGGACAUCUAUACCCAGCACAAUUGUGCAAGUGCUGUUCUUGCAGCUAGGGUAAUUGUAUUAAAUCAUUUUUGCAUGUUUGACGAUAAACCCUUAAUUGGUUUAGCUAAAAAGGAGGACCUACCAGUAGGUCUUUAACAAUUUUCCAAUAUUUAAUAACCUUGAGGUAGGUCCACCGCAUGUAGUGUAUGUUCCCUUUUACCACAGCCCCUUUAGCCGGCUUGGGAGGUGGUUUUCUCUAUAUAGAAAUGAAUGGAUAAAAACAUUGUUAUGCAUGAAUCUUUGCAUGCCUGUGUUUUCUAUUUAAGUCUUUUUCUCGCAAUCCAGGUAGGAAGUUAAUGUUAAUAGAAGUUUGGGGGGGUGGGAUUCCUAAGUAUUUUAUGGAACUCUGAGCAACCUUCAUAUUAUAAGUGGAGCUCAUGAGUGCCAUGUUUGCAGUUGACAUAUUGAUAGGCAUAGCUGUAAAUUUAUCUAAAUGCAUUUUGUAACCAGAAAUUUACAGGAAAGUGUUAAAGUGUUAAACGAUGGAGUCUACAGGGUUCAUAAGGGUGAGCAGGAUGUCAUCUGCAUAAGGAGAAACUUUGAAUUCUGCAUUGGCUAACUUAAUCCCCUGUAUAUCCAGACUACCUCUAAUCGAUUGGUGGAGUGGUUCCAGAGUCAGCACAAACAGGAGAGGUCACGGUGGGCACCCCUGCCGGGUAGCAUUGCUUAAUCUGAAUGGCUCAAUCCUCGCCCUUAGUCUGAGCUCUCGGUGCCGCAUUUCGACCCUAUAUGCUUCACGGAGAGCUCAGACUAGGAUACAUUCCCAGUAAUGGUACAAAACAUUUAACAAAAAGGUUUUGCCCACCUCUUCAUUACUCAAUCUGCUUUUCUCAGAAAAUGUGUACUUAAAAGGAUUGAUCUCAGAACUAAUGAUGUGUUUGUCCAUGUAAAGGUUAAAGCAGAUCUGUCAGUUUUUAAUAUUUCAUGACAAAAGACAGGGCUCCCCUGUUCUUUUGUCCAUUUCCAGCAGCCAUCACAAGUGUCAGCUGUGGGAUUAGGCAUCAAUUUAUGAAGGGUCUCGCAGGAUCCUUCAUAGACCUCAGUGUUGUACUCUUGCUCAGGAAUACCACACUGAUACGGCCCCUAUCAACUGACCUGAUAGGAGCUAAAAGGGCUGCAAGGCGAAGAAGGCGGCUACAAGGAACAGCUCAAGGUAAGUAAAACUUACCUUCGCGUGAAUUCGGCAUCCACUAGUCCCACAAAGGAUCUAUGGAAUCUGCAAAGACCCCCAAAAGUGGCAGAUCCACUUUAAACAUCGUUUUAAUUUUUGACUUUUUAUAGUGCAUUUUAAUCAUUUCUUUCCAUGUAAUGGAUACAAAUAAUAUUAAUGUUAUAACAUUCAUUCCGUUAUAUUGGAUAAUGAAGUAAGUAAUUAUAUGUAAAAAUAUGUUGUAUAUUUCUUCUAUAUCUAAGGGGUAGCUCAUUUGCAAUUUCUCCCAAAGAUAUUACAAAGAGUGCUACUUAAUUCCCCAAACUAUUCAUUAUGACUUGCUUAUUGUUUUCAUAGGAAAGCAACCGUUUUAAAAUCCCAAAACCAAACGGUAGAGGCCCAUAAAAUUCUGCAAGUGUUACUGACGCACUGCCAGAAAGUAAGGAACACCGAGAUGGUGAUACGGUGAGUAAUGUAAAUUAUGUUUUCAUUUUGAAUCGAAUGGAACCUAAUUGAAUUACACAUUUUAUAGGGACUUCUUCAGAACCAAAUGCCCCUUAUUUACAUUACACAAAGCUUUUCAGUAUGCAUGAGUGUGUUAACAAAAUUGUACUACUGCACCUUGCCACAGAUUAGUAAUUUAGAUACUUAUCAACAUGUGCAAAGACAUGUUCUAUGUCAGUGUUGUCAAGAACAGACCGCUAUCUGUUUCUUAUUUCGGUUCAAGCACAAUAGCACUAAUAAUUUCAAUCAAAUAUUAAAAUAAUUUUAAUGAAAAUACAUGGUAUGCAUAUCUGUUUUUGUGUCUUGUUGUGUUUUUUAUUUUUGAUUGUUCAAAUAAGUUUCUGUGUUUGCAAUAUCAGCUACAUUAACCGGUUAUGGCAUUUUAUAAAGAUUUUCAAGUCCUCACCUAUAUAAAAUGGUAUGAUCGAAGUUGGCUAGAUAUUAUGCAGGGUGGCCAAAAAAACAAAUAGAAAGUGACUUAUUUCUGAUCUCUGUUUCCAGGGUCCUUUUGUGCUUAGCAGAGCUUUACUGGAGAUCUUCCUGUCAUUCGGUGGCACUGCCUGUACUACUACAAGCUCUGGCUUUGUCCAGGGAGUACCAGCUACAAUAUAUGGCCUCUGAAUCUAUGCUAAACUUGGCUUUCUCACAGGUGAGCAUAUUCUGAUUGCCAGCAUUAAUUUGGACUACCAGUCCACAAACUAUGUGCACAUGAACACUCCAUUUCCCUGCAAUCUUCAGUUUGACAAAAAUGCAAUCUGUUUUAAUAAGUACUAAAAAUAAAUACCAAAAAAGGGAAAUGGCAUAGAAAUUUAUAACAAAAUAAAGGAGAAAACAUCUUUAAAUUAACUGCUUCAAUCAAUGAAUGUUCUUUAAUUACUUACGUUAUUAUGGUUUAAGAUAAUUUUCCAUUUUUAUCUUGCAUUUUUGCUGGACAUCAUAUCUCUUUGGUCAAGUUCUAAAAAAAUGUUCUGCUCUGCUACAUAUUCUGAGUACUACAAUACCCCCAGUGUAAGAGUUUGCCACUAUCCUGUGAAGUAUCAGUGCCAUGUAAGAGACCUGACAUUUUCAGUUUUUACAGUUACAAUUUUGAUAGAUGGAUUUGAUGGGCCCAUGUCUCAUUUUCGAGCAUUGUAACAAUUUGCCAGUUUAAAUUACACAAUAAAUGAAUACCAUUUGCAAAAGUAGACACCAUGAGGUAUGUCAUAUGGCAUAUUUGAACCUUAUUCAACAACAAUUUUUCACCUUCUAUGUUUUUGUUUUGGGUUUUUUUACAUGCACAUUUAUUUUGUAAGCCUAAUGUUUACAAAAAAUUUUUUUUUUCUGAAUUCCACUCUGCUAUAGUUUUUGUGAAAAUACAGGGCUGAAUUAAUAACCCGUCCAAUGCAGUUUAAAUUAAUGGCAAAUUGAAGAUUGAUCUAUGGUGAAUUUUGGGGCAUUUGAGUAACUCACAUUGAAAUUACUCUAUAAAUGCAUACCAUUUGCAAAUGUGAGAGUGUUGUCCACGUGAUAUUUCAUGCUUUAUUAAGGUGGCAUUUUCACUGCUUUUGUGCAAAGUCUGUGGUAAUAAUUUCUAUUUUAUCAUUUUUACAUACACAUUGUAUUUUUGUUGCAUAUUUUUUUAAAUCUCAUUUGUGCAAUUGUAAAAAAAUUCCUUAAAGUGUACUCGGCUGCAUCUUCAGAGUACACCACCACCUUUAUGUAUACCUUUGCAAAGUUUAUGCAAAGAUGCCAAAAUACAUUACCUGUGUGUAUUUGGUUUAAAAAAAAAAAAAAAAGGAAAAGAUUGUGUGCCAACCAAUUAGGGUAACUGCACUGCUAACUAUAACGCUAACCCUUACUGUUACACUAACCCUAAACGUGAAUACUAACUAACCUUAACCCUAAAUUCGGGCAGAGGGAAUUAGUGGUGACAUCAUUACUGAUAUCACUGGACCAUUUAAAGGGCUGUAUGCAGCACUUACUUUGAGUGCUGCAUACAGGUCAUUGGUCCGCAAAAGGCCAUUAACAAGCUGAGCCACAGCUGACAUAGGGGAACUGCAGGUAUCAAAUGAUACCUGGGGUUUCCCAGUAAUCUACAGGUAAACAGUCCCUGUUGGUAAAAAGCCAUAUGACAGAAUUAUUCCAUCAUUGGUUUUUAAGGGUAGGAUAGCCAUGAUGGAAUAAUUCCAUCAAGGGUCCUUAGGGGUUAAAAUGUGUUUGAAGAAAAACAACAUAUGUGAAAUAUAGGAGAAAAAUUACUCCCUUUGGGAGAAAAAGUAACUGACAACAGGACUGCUGCAAAAAAACCAAAACAAAUGUGUGCAUUAUAUGUAAUGGUAUUCUUUAUCAAUAUAAUGUGCUCAGAAACCCUAAAUUAUUUGCCACUGAUAUUCAACAUCUAGUUCAAAUAAAUAUUGAUUAUUGUUUCCUGUUAGUUCUCAGCAGGAAUAGUCAACAAUAGAUCAGUAGCUUACAAGAACACUUGUAUAAUGCAGUGGAGCUUCUGACUUUUUAAAGCAGUAUGUAACUCGUAUUAUAUGUAAAUAUUUAAAAAUAAUGGGAUUUUUACAGCUUUGGGAAAGUAAAUGUCACCUAUGUAGAUUGUUCAUAUAAUUCGUUUUUAAUUAGUUGCUUUGAGCAUGCACAUCAUCUUGCAUUCUCACCCUUCUUGAUUUUCCAACCUAUGAUAUAGUCUGUUAUCCUACUCUUUUCUCAACUUGAUAUCCCUAUCCUCUGCGAGUCAGUGUACUAAAAUGAGGGGUUUGGGGAUGCCUAUUCUUUAUGUACUUCUUCACUAGGCUUGACUACUGCAAGCCCUUCCUUUUCAUCUUUCCACAUCACUUUCUGUAAAAUCUAACAAAUUCAAUAUGCUGCUGCCUAUAUUAUUGUUAUUAUACGUUAUUUGUAAAGCGCUAUCACAAUCGCAGCGCUGUAUCCUCCUCAGCUUACCUUGUGCUGCCACACCUUUAAAUCUUCACUGGCUACAUUUUAAACUCCAUACCCUUAUAUACAAAUUCCUCUACGUUACAUACUCCCUUUCACUCCUCACUCAUCUUAAGUUAUAAUCCUUCACAUCAUGUGGCCUAACACCCACAUAUCCAUGUGAUUUUUAUUUAAUUUAUUUAGAUAGCAAGGAAUAUGGAGUGAAAAUAAUCUUCACACCCAAGUGGCCAAUUCUUUGGCCACUUUUUUCACAUUUCUAAAUUAUCGCCUCUUCAGAAAGUCUUCCCUAACACUUCAUAAGGCAAUCCCCAUGCAAAUACCUCUGUCUACCUCAUUUUACCAUACCCAUUCCCAUUAUUUAAUAUUUUUCUAGCUAUAAAACCAUCUCUCUUCCAACCACCAUGAGUCCAUCUCUACCAAAUGAUUCUCCCCAAAGACGAAAGGGUCUGACUAUAUCCUGUUCCUUGCAGACUUUUUGUGUUAGCCUAAUCUAGAUGCUACCCAAUAGGUUCACUCUGCUCUUCUUACAUGCAAAUUAGGCACCCUAUACUAACAUAAGUAUUCUGUAUGCAGUUGCCUGAAAAAUUAAAUGGCAUGAUUGUGUUCACCCUAUCCACUCUUCUUACUUUUUAAAUAGAAAAAAAGAAGAGCAUUUUAAUAUUGACUAGUUGAUUGGUUUGUCUAUUUAAAGUCAGAACAAGAACAUCUACAAAGUACAACCUUUCAGUAACAAAUUAGACAUCAUUUUACAACAUUAUUUAAAACCAAUAAUAAAUUAAAAUGUACAGUUGUGCUCAAAAGUUUGCAUACCCUUGGAGAAUAUAUGGACCAUUUUUAAAGAAAACAUGAGUGAGCAGGCAACACAUUUCUUUUAUUUCUUAUGGGAUUCAUAUUCAACUGCAGGUUAUAACAGAAUGGCACAACCAUAAAACAAAACAUGGCAACAAAGGAAAAAAAUAUAUAUGAUCCCAAUUCAAAAGUCUGCAUAUUAUUUGUUCUUAAUACUGUAUAUUGCCCCCUCUAGCGUCAGUGGCAGCGUGCAGUCUUUUGUAAUAGUUGUCUACGAGGCUCCAAAUUCUUUUAGGUGAUAUAGCUGCCCAUUGGUCUUGGCAAAAUGCCUCCAGGUCAUGCAAAGUCAUUGGUCGUUUUGCAUGAAUCGCACAUUUGAGAUCUCCCCAGAUUGGUUCGAUGAUAUUAAGGUCAACUUGGCCUUGUGCUUAGGGUCAUUGUCAUGCUGGAAAGUCCAAAUGCGUCCCGUGUGCAGCCUUCGUGCAGAAGAAUGCAAAUUGUCUGCAAGUAUUUUCUGAUAACAUGCUACAUUCAUCUUGCCAUACAUUUUCACAAGAUUCACCGUGCCUUUAGAGCUGCCACCCACCCCCCAAAACAUCAGUGAGACACCACCAUGCUUCACUGUGGGGAUGGUAUUCUUUUCACUAUAGGCCUUGUUGACCCCUCUCCAAAUAUGGCGCAUUUGGUUGUGACUCUGUUGGUGUUGUCGGGCAUAUUGUAAAUGGGCUUCUUUGUGGCAUUGGCGCAGUAAAGGCUUCUUUCUGAUAACUAAUUUUUGUUCAAGUAUCGUCGUAUUGUGCUCAUUGAAACAACCACACCAUCUUUUUCCAGAGCAGCCUGUAUUGCUCCUGAGGUUAUCUGUGGGUUGUUUUUUUUUUUUUUUUUAUCCUGAACAAUUCUUCUGGCAGUUGUGGCUGAAAUCUUUCUUGGUCUACCUGACCUUGGCUUGGUAUGAAGAGAUCCCCGAAUUUGCCACUUCUUAAUAAGUAAUUGAACAGUACUGACUGGCAUUUUCAAGGCUUUCAAUAUCUUUUUAUAUCAUUUUCCAUCUUUAUAAAGUUCCAUUACCUUAGUAUGUAGGUCUUUUGACAGUUCUUUUCUGCUCCCCAUGGCUCAGUAUCUAGCCUGCUCAGUAUCUAGCCUGCUCAGUGCAUCCACUUGAGAGCUAACAAACUCAUUGACUAUUUAAACACACACUAAUUGCAAUUUAAAAAGCCUCAAGUCUGGGAAAUUAACCUUUUAAUUGACAUUUUAACCUGGUGGGUCACCUUGUGUGCCUGUAACAAGGCCAAACAUUCUAAGGUAUGUAAACUUCUGAUCAGGGCCACUUGUGUGAUUUCUGUUAUCAUUAUGAUUUAAAAAGGAGCCAAUGAUGAUAAAUGGCUUCAUAUAAUCACUAUCCUUCAAUAAAAAUUUUUUUGCAUGAGAAGUCAUACUUUCAAAAUCAAUGCCAAAAUGUCACAAUUUCUGCCAGAGCAUGCAAAUUUUGAGCACAAUUGUAAGUAAAAACAUGGGAGUGAAGAACAGAAAGGGGGGUAAACGCUACAAGAGGGGUGGUCUGGAUACCACAACUAGUUUACACAUCAUUCUUCCAAGACACCCCUGUUUUUGUGAUUUGAAGCAAAUUUAUUUUUAACCAAUUGCUGUGAGUUUGUUCUUGAGUUGAUUGUCUCGGAUUAUUGUAAUAACUCCCAUUUGGAGGAUCCUGUCAGAAAGCCACAUAUGCAACACUGCCUUCCAAGCAGCUACACUUAUGUUAUGGCAUAAUAUUUGGGAUUGUAAAGAGCGUCCGUAUAUCCGACGGGACAAUAGAAAGAACCACAGUUCCUGCUGUAUAGGUCUUUGUAAAGCUGAGAACAGCAAACACUAAACCUACGCUCAAAAUAAAGUCAUGAGAGAGCAGGUUAAGCUGUAUGGCAACAAUUAUUUCAUCAUAAAUCAUGGAACCUUUCUCAUUCUUAACAACUGAGCCAAUUGGUAGUGUACGAAUAAAGCGUAGUUUUGACACACUGCUCUUUCAAAGCUGCACACACUGAAACCCUGAAAAGUGCUUACCACAUGGGGCGGGGUUUGACCUGCAUGGCGAGCGGACUUAUUCGGUGAUCGGCCAGCAGACGUUUCUGACCUUCUCUAGCCAUGUCUCUUUUAGCCAUGCCUGGUGCUAGAUUUCCUGCUGAUUAAGCUUUCCAAGUCUCUCCUACAAAGAUUUCAACAUACCCUCAAUUCACGUAUCUGGAAGAAAUGCUACACACAGGGGUAAUCCUACUGUGACAUCAACUGGAGCAAAAAGUGUUCCCCAGAUUGAAGUCAUGAAACCGUGGCAUGAUGCGGGCAUAUCUGCUACAACAUAAAUUCUCCCUUCACCUACCGUACAGGAAAAAAUUGGCAUUUCCAGAUUAGAAAUAUUUAAGUGCCUCCAUAUCAAGCACAUACUCCAAAUCACGAACUACAACUACGGUCAAUCCACUAUCUUCUUCAUUCAUUGCUUGAAUACUCCGUCUCUAAAGCACUCACUUUCUACAUACUCUGAUACACCCAGAUUCCAGACGGAAGCCAUCUUUUAUCAACAAAUGAGAAGAAGAGCUCCACUAAUCAUUUUCAGAGGGAGAGUGGCAAAAGGCAUUAAAUAGCUAUGAAGGGGGGUGGGCGUGGCUUGACCGCCGAGAGAGAUGGCCGCCUAAGCUCGGAGCUCUGCACCCCAGGCACUCCUAAACGCACAGUAAGCAGCAUUAGAUCCCUGCAAACACCCUCAGCUACCCCCACAGCGACGAGGGAAGGCAUACCUGAUGGCAUCCCAAAAGAAAAAUGGGAGAAAAACGAAAGACCGUACCCCAUCCGUCGAGGACAUGUUAACCUCACACAGGCCUCAUGCUCCCAAAGAUGGCGGCGGCCACGAUCACACAGACACUCCUGACAGGCUAGACCAAGCACAAGCACAGCACCAGACGUCACAUGGAGAAAUCCUGCAAUCCCUGGCAGAGGUAAAACACUUCCUAGCAGCAGAAAUAGAAUGCUCCACCAGGGAAGUCAAAGCUGAAAUACAAGCUGUAGGCCAGCGCACAGAGGCUCUGGAAUGGACAAUGGACCACGUGGUAGUGGUCCACAACGAAGCUGCCACGGUCACAAACUCCCUUCUCACCAGGAUGGCAGAGAUGGAAGCGGAGCUGGAAGACGCUUCCAACAGAUCACGUAGAAACAAUCUGCGCAUAAAGGGCCUGCCGCAGAGAGUAAAAGAAGCAGAACUACAAAAGAUACUUGCCACAGUGUUCCGCACCCACUUGACAAAUAUACCAGACCACCUGUGGACUGUAGAUAGGGCCCAUAGAGCACUCAGAGCGAGAGGCCCCCCAGAGGGUCCCCCACGGGAUGUAAUAAUGCGGUGGCACUUCUUUUCCACCAAGGAGGCCAUAAUUAAAAGCAGCAGAAACCACACCUAUAGCUAUGAAGGCAGCACCUUGCAUCUAUACCAGGACAUCGCACCGGCUACCCUGGCGCGAAGGGAAUGGAAGCCCAUUGCAGACCUGGUGAGAGCCAAGGGCCUCAGUUUCGCCUGGGGUCACCCUUUUAAAAUGCUGUUAUUCAACGGCCCCACGACCGACAGUGCUACUAGCAUCCGCAGACCCCAAGACAUUCCUGCAAGAUCUCUGCAUAAAAGUGCCAGCGGACUUUCGGUUGCCCACCAGAGGCAUCGCACUGGGACAGAUACCCAGGGAUGGGGCACAGCCCCAAAUGGACAUUCCCUAAAGGACAGCUUAAGUAACCUCCUCUCCCCCCUGCAAGAGGAGACUACCUGCAAGAGACGGAACACCACCACGGACAGACUUAUUAUGUCGACAUGACCCGAGCCCGAACCGCAGCGAUCAACGAGAGGACCAACACACUGACAAUAACAACAGAAAUAUCAUUGAAGACAAGGAAAACGGCAAACACCCCAUAAUCGGGAAAAUAAAAUAAAUAUAUAAAUAAAAAAAUAAAAAAACACAAAGAAACAAAAUUUUAUUUUUAUUUAUAUAUAUAUAUAUAUAUAUAUAUAUAUAUAUAUAUAUAUAUAUAUAUAUAUAUAUAUAUAUAUAUAUAUAUAUAUAUAAACAAAAAAGAACUACCGAGACACACGGCCAAAGACAACCUUCCGUCUACAUGACAAGACACGGAAGUGAUUACCCAUCUCAUCCUAAAUGUUAUGGUUUUACUAUGUUUUUGAAUGUUGCUUGCAGUAAGGGGACACUGAAAAGAACCGAACACAGAGAGUUUCCUGGAGGGGACCACAGACUGACCGGUAUCACAAGACCACAAUCCCAGACAGGACAUACCAUAGCCGACAACCCCUCACCCCUCCCAUUACACCCCGGACAGGAACUAUGAGACGGAUAAACAUACUCAAUGACCCCCUAUGGACCCACGGCAGCCCAGAGACUCCCACCUCAUGGCUUACAAGGCAGUAAAACGGAUAGGGACGACAAUAUGAAACCCCAACCCCGAGAUGAAGUCUAGCACACGACAGAAGCCACAAACGGACUGUAAAUCAAACCAUUCUACUCUGUAAAUACGAGCUGUAGGGGACAACGGGGGACUGGCAGGAGGAGGGGGGUGGGGGGCAUGGGACGGAAAAAUAAUUACAUUAAUAAGGAAUGCCGAGACAGAGAGGGCAAUAAAAAUUUUUUUAAAAAGGCGGAAUACAUACCUUCUUGACUAGGGGGACACAAGGCCUAUAGGGGUAUCGGAACACUAAUCUAACACAAAGGAAUGAGAACUGUUGCAACUGUUAUUGUAUUUAUGGUUACUAUUUUGAUUACUGUUCUUGACAUAUGUGAAUGCUUUCCCAAGCGUAAAGUUUAGGAACCACAGAGACGUAGGGGAUAACUAUCAGCUCAAAGAAUUGAGCGUUGACGGGGUGCUCGGUGACAGAGAAUUCCCUCCGCGAGUGAAUUAUAGCAUAGCGGAGUGGAUGGUCACCCCCCGAUCUGCCUGGCAACACAUAAGACCGGAUCGCUGUACAUACAGCCCCUAACUGGCAGGAGUUUAUCCUCCUAGCCAAACUCCCCUUACACCCUAACAAACACCCCACCACUCCUACCCACUGUCCCCUCGGCGGUGCAGGACACCGACCCUGAGGCUGACGUCCCCUUCUACACAAACCCCCCCCCCACACAGGGACACACCUCAGAGCUAGUCCGGAAUCCCCGCUCCCACCAUCAAUCCCCCCAGAUCAGAGCACAGCAGCCAAUACACCCCCUUAACCAGGGCAGGGAUGCCAAGACGAGAAUAGGCUCAGACGGUUGACAGAAUCCCAAAUUGACGAGACCCCAGACUGUCAGAAUGGACACACUAAAAAUCACCUACGUAAACGGCUUAAAUAUACAAAACAAAAGACGCCUGCUAUUACGAGAACACUAUAGCCUUUGUGCAGGAAACACACCUGUUGCGCACACCCCGGGUUCGACUGGCCGAUCACCUAUACACCAAGUCCUACACCUUGAGAGCCAUAGUUUAAAAAAAAAAAAAAAAAAAAGCGGAGUAGAAAUCCUAGUACCACCCGGGUAGGUACAUUAUCCUAACAGGGGCCAUACACGUGGUCAGACCACGCUGAUAUCGAACUCACACUAAGAAUGCCAGGCGCCACAUCCCCAUGGAAAUGGAGAAUAAGCGAUGCACUGUUAAAGGACCCAGAGCUGACAAAAUAAAUACAAGACAAACUAACUGCCUACUUUGUAGCAAACGACACACCAGACCUAACACAAUCCACAAUAUGGGCUGCCCAUAAAGCAGUCAGCUCCAAACGGCGCUGAGAAAGGCGGAAAUAAGACAUAAACACCCACAAUGCAGAGACUCCAAGAACUUGGGGACAUUCGACAUAAAAUACGAAACAUAGCGGUGGAGGACCUGGGUAGAGACCUAAUCCACACAAGACGUCUCUUUUACGAGCGCGCUAAUAAAAUUGAUACAUUACUGGACAGGGCACUAAACCCCAAGGCGAAAUUUCAUACGAUAAUGGCCCUCCGGGACGCGAAUGGCAGGGUAACCAGCAACCCCACAGAAAUAAACCAAAUCUUCACAGACUACCUCUCGAAAAUCUACAACCAUUCCCCAGAUCUGAACGGUAGCAACGAGCCGUAUGACCAAGCGGUCAGAAACUUUGUGUCUAAGACCAAAUUACCCGAGCUAGGGCCCAAAGCCAUACAAGCACUAGGAGCCUCAAUAGACGAGGACAGGGUCGACGGAGCAAUAACCGCCCUGAAGGUCAACAAAGCUCCAGGGCCGGAUGGGUUCGGUGGCACAUACUAUAAGCCCCUGCGUGAAGCGCUGACUCCUCGCCUGGUGAGGGUGUUUGGAGAGUGGAUGGCGGGAACGAGCCCGGGCCCGGACACUCUCACAGCCGAUAUCACACUCAUACCCAAACCAGGAAAAGAUGCGACAGACGCCGCAAACUACCGGCCAUCUCUUAUAAACUUCGACGUGCAGGUGUUUUGCAAAAAUCCUGGCCACAAGUUUAAACCCCCUCCUGACCACCCUGGUCCACCCAGACCAGGUGGGUUUCGUCCCAACGAGGCAGCUGUAUGAGACCACAAGGAGGGGAGUAGACCUAAUAUGGAAGGCGAGAAAGAUGGGAACGCCUUUUCUGGUACUCUUGCUGGAUGCGGAGAAGGCGUUCGACAGGGUCAAGUGGCAUUUCCUUUUUACACCACUGAAACUCCUACGAAUGCCGGACCCGUUCAUCACAGGAAUCAAAGCCUUACACACAGAACCCCCGGCACAAACAAAUGUGCCGGGUUCGGCCCCGACCCCCUUCAGACCCGGAAACAGCACCAGGCAGGGAUGCCCCUUAUCCCCACUGCUGUUCGUCCUGGCGCUAGAGCCACUUCUACACCAGAUCCAGAUAAACGAGAAUAUAAAGGGGGAGGAAUACAAAGCCACAGCAUACGCGGACGAUGUGAUGAUAACAAUUACCAACCCUCGACACUCCGUACCCCACCUGCUGACUCUCUUGGAGGAGUACGGAGGAGUGUCGGGCUAUAAAAUCAAUCUAGAGAAGUCGGUAGCCAUGCCAAUAGAGCUAGAUCAAGAUGAGAUCAACAGGAUAAAAAUAACGUACCCACUAAAACUCACAACCACUCAUAUUAAAUACCUGUGGGUACGAUUCACGGCAGACCCUGACAAACUAUAAGCGGAAAACUAUAUGCCUACCAUUCGAUCACUCUGCCGAGACUUGGACAAAUGGUACGGAAAGCCAAUUUCCUGGAUAGGUAGGCUUCACUCAAUCAAGAUGACACUAUUGCCCCGCCUCCUCUUCCUGUUACAGACCUUACCUGUUAAAGUAACCAAACACGACCUAACAUCGUUACAGAGCACCAUAGAUAACUUCAUAUGGGCACAAAAAAGACACCGGUUAGCGAGGCAUGUACUGUAUCGGUGAAAGACUAGGGGAGGCAUGGGGCUCUCAAACCUCCACCUCUAUUACCUGGCAGCACAACUGGACCAAGUGGCAAUGUGGCACUUACGAGUGGGAUCUCACUUACCACAAUUCUGGAUUUGGGUGCCCAAGAAAGACAGACCUCCCAUCCAAACCGCCUGCCCCGCAAUCCUCAAUUCCAUAAGGAUUUGGGAUAUAACAGCCACCAAAUAUGCACUAAAACACACGCCCUCCCCACUCACCCCGUAUCUACAAAAAGGGGCGUUUGAGCCUGGGCUGUGCGCACACGACUUCAGAGACAUAGAGGACACUGGGGUUCAGAGAUACCACCACCUGUACGAAAACAGAAUGCUCAGAACGUUAGACAACCUAAAAACCGUUGCCCCCUUGACUACAAAAGAUUUUUUUUUAGAUACAAUUACAGGACUUUGCCAAAAAAAACAAAUACGGAAAGCAGCCCAAACCCAAAUGACAUCCUAUGAAGACGUUCACCUCAGAGACAGAACAGAAGGGCCUUAUAUCCAUUAUAUACACACAACUCAGCGCCCCAGAUAAGGAUGACAAAGAACCCAUAUAUAUUGGACAGUGGGAGACCGACCUGGGUUAAACACUAGAGGGAGAGGACUGGGCGGACAUCUGGGAGGCGACCGCAAAAACCUCAAUAUGCGUGCUACAACAAGAACAAGUUUAUAAAAUGCUGAUGAGGUGGUACACCACCCCGGUGCAAUUACAUAGAAUGGGAAAAACCACGACAGACAUAUGCUGGAAAGGGUGUGGGGACAAGGGAUCGUUUAAACAUAUGUGGUGGGACUGCCCACAAGUAGCCAGAUUCUGGAAAAGGGUACAGACAUUGUUGACUGAAGUCCUCGGGAAACACAUUGACCUAGACCCCUGGUCCCUCCUACUGUCAAAACCCACGGAUGGCCUCCCACGGAAAGAACAACAGCUCCUUAACAAACUUACACUUGCAGCUCGACAAGCUUUGGCCCAGGCAUGGAUAAAACCUAUAGUCCCCCCCCAUACAUGACAUAAUAGUAAAAAUCAAGGACACAUUUUUAAUGGACAAACGCACAGCCCAAGUCAGAAACACGGAAAUCCUUUUCACAAAGUCUGGCAACCUUGGGAGGAUUACAUUGGGGACUAGACACCACAAAAUACAUAGGACCAUAGACUUGAGACAGAUAGUGGGGAGCGGCCCACUGUGCGUCCCAAACCCAAUAUCGCGCAGAGCGUACCCCACCCCACCCCCUGUACCACAUAAAUGGAGGAACCACAUGGAGGCGGGGCCCUGGGCACCCACCACCUACAGAGCCAUACAUGUCAGGUAUUACACAGCAAUAUAACACAGCAGUGAGUCAAAUUAAAAGUCAACAGGAAGGCACACCACACAGGAACAGCCCAACACAACAAGCACCUAUCUGGGACAAGGGCGGGGACUCAGGUGGGGCCAUUACCCAUAACACACAAAGGAACCCAGAGGAAACAAACGCCAAAGAUUCCCGAUGGGUAGGACACAAGCCGUAAGACCAAGCACCACGCCAAACCCCUAAGGCUAACUAAACUGGCUGGCCCUGCUGGCACCGACUCCAGAAAAAGUUCAUAGCAAAAUAAGACCAGAAAAAGUGGUACACCACCAGAUUCGGACAGACUUCCACUACCAGGCACAAGCCUCACCUACCCGUUAGGGACCGGUGCCAAAUGUUAUUGUUAUUAAAAAAAACCUUGGCGACAGCGGGUAUCCGCAUGGUAUAAUACUUCUAUUUGUAAAAACACAGUAUAUAUAUAUAUAUCCAGGUUACCAAUGAAGAGAUACCUGUAUGUAACAAAAAAUGUCUGUAUUUGUAAAAUCUCGGCACAUGUGUAAUACCGACCUAUGUCGAUGUAACGCCUGAUCUGUCAAGACAAAAAUAAAGAAUUUUAAAUAGCUAUGAAGGGGGUGUCAAAAUGCUCAGCCAACUGGGAAACAAGCAGGAAAGUCUGGUUCAGGUGGUUCUUAACAUCUGCACGUCUGUAGCACAUAUAUCCAUCUCUGUCUGGCAAAGGCUGGAGGUGCAACAAUGAUCUAGUGACUAUGCUUCAUAUUUUGUGGUUGUGCCAAUCUGUGCAACUGUUAUGGGCAAGCAUGCAAACACUGCUCCAUCUGCACUUAGGGGCAUUAAUCCCACUCCAACCGCAGCUGUACUGGCACUACAUGUCCUCACCGCUGCCAAAAAAAUAAUUGCAAAACACUGGAAAUCCAAGACCAUACCAUCGACUUUGCAAGUGAUACAAGCAGUUCAAAGCACGAGACUGUACGAGGAAAUAACGCAGAGAUCACAAGGCACGCUGAAGAAAUUUUUAAAAAAAUGUGGUCCGGCUGGGAAAGCCGUUUCCCUGGCUAAGACGAUGGAAACACGGAGAGUGCAGGGAGUCUUCCACUGUCCUCAAUCCCUAACCCCUUUCCUUCCUCCCUGUGCCCCACAGUUGCAUUACUAUCUGAUAAUUUUGUUCAGUGCAACUCAAGUUGGCAACACCGAUAAAUGUAUGCCAAUCUCUUUGACUACUGCUUGACACUGAUUGACUCAAGUUAUACAGUGUGUGCCAUCAACACCUGUGUUGGGCGGCAAUUGAUUUUGUCACUUGUGGCAGGGUCAGAGAGGCUUUCUAUGUAAGUAACAGAUUGGAGCGCUCUCUAUUCCCAGCAUGAUGGGGUUAAUUGGUGGAAGUCAGCCCUUUCAGGUGAAUGUAUUUAACCUGCACUAGGGGUUUCAAAGGUUGGCCUCUGGAGGCAUCAGAGAGUCUAACAGCUGGGAGAGAGGAGGCAGUUAAGCCUAAAACUCUAAAGGAAAAUGUACUGUGUAAAAGCCUGCUUAAAGUGCUGUGUUUAAAUUGUUUAAAACUGGGAACUGGAUUAGCUGGCCAGUUGGAUAGUUAGAACUGGAUUACCUGGCCAGUUGGAUAGUUAGAACUGGAUUAGCUGGCCAGUUGGAUAGUUAGAACUGGAUUAGCUGGCCAGUUGGAUAGUUAGAAUUGGAUUAACUGGCCAGUUGGAUAGUUAGAAUUGGAUUAACUGGCCAGUUGGAUAGUUAGAAUUGGAUUAGCUGGCCAGUUGGAUAGUUAGAAUUGGAUUAGCUGGCCAGUUGGAUAGUUAGAACUGGAUUAGCUGGCCAGUUGGAUAGUUAGAACUGGAUUAGCUGACCAGUUGGAUAGUUAGAACUGGAUUAGCUGACCAGUUGGAUAGCUAGAAUUGGAUUAGCUGGCCAGUUGGAUAGUUAGAACUGGAUUAGCUGGCCAGUUGGAUAGUUAGAACUGGAUUAGCUGGCCAAUUGGAUAGUUAGAACUGGAUUAGCUGGCCAGUUGGAUAGUUAGAAUUGGAUUAGCUGACCAGUUGGAUAGCUAGAAUUGGAUUAGCUGGCCAGUUGGAUAGUUAGAACUGGAUUAGCUGGCCAGUUGGAUAGUUAGAACUGGAUUAGCUGACCAGUUGGAUAGUUAGAACUGGAUUAGCUGACCAGUUGGAUAGCUAGAAUUGGAUUAGCUGGCCAGUUGGAUAGUUAGAACUGGAUUAGCUGGCCAGUUGGAUAGUUAGAACUGGAUUAGCUGGCCAAUUGGAUAGUUAGAACUGGAUUAGCUGGCCAGUUGGAUAGUUAGAACUGGAUUAGCUGGCCAGUUGGAUAGUUAGAACUGGAUUAGCUGGCCAGUUGGAUAGUUAGAACUGGAUUAGCUGGCCAGUUGGAUAGUUAGAACUGGAUUAGCUGGCCAGUUGGAUAGUUAGAAUUGGAUUAGCUGGCCAGUUGGAUAGUUAGAAUUGGAUUAACUGGCCAGUUGGAUAGUUAGAACUGGAUUAGCUGGCCAAUUGGAUAGUUAGAACUGGAUUAGCUGGCCAGUUGGAUAGUUAGAACUGGAUUAGCUGGCCAGUUGGAUAGUUAGAACUGGAUUAGCUGGCCAGUUGGAUAGUUAGAACUGGAUUAGCUGGCCAAUUGGAUAGUUAGAACUGGAUUAGCUGGCCAGUUGGAUAGUUAGAACUGGAUUAGCUGGCCAGUUGGAUAGUUAGAACUGGAUUAGCUGGCCAGUUGGAUAGUUAGGAAUACUGCUGUUUAGUAAGUCUCCAAGUUAGAGUAGGAUUUUUCUUUUUGUUUUAUUUAUUUAUGUGAAGCACAGCAUUGUGUAACUUGUGGAAGGUGCAAAUAAACUGCAGUACUAUUUUAUCCUAAAGCUUGCAUUUGAAGUUUAUUGUCAAGAGCCUGCCUGGUGAUCCUGCCACACACUGUUGUAAUGUCAAAAAUUCCAUUAAUAUAAUAUUAUAAUUUUUAGAUAUAAAAAUAUUUUUCUUUAAGUGCUUACCACAUAUCUGACCGGGCAUCCACCUCCUGUACGUCACCAAAAUCUGACUCCCACUGGCGUAUAGAACUAAGAUUCCCCCCAGAUAUUGGAAUUGGCACAUGGGAAACUAAUAAUUUACUGAAAUUAGCUCUCACAGAUCCCCUUGAAGUAAGAGGAUCUAGUAAAUGUUAGGAGAUCAAGAAAACAUCAGAAAACAAUAUUUCCAACAUUGAGAUACUUUUUUGAGAUAUUUUAUUUUCUUCUUUAGAAUAAGCUUUCUUUGAAAUUGACCUCUUGGUAUAUGCUAAACCACUGAGAUAAACAUACCAUCUGUGUUUGGAGGAUAUAAUCUCCCCUUAGAAACAGAACUAAUGUUUGAUAGCUUGAGAUAUAUUUUCAAAGAGCUGUUUUGUUUUUCUUCUAUUAUUUUCCUUUUAUUGUUUUAGUAUAUCAUAUUUUUGUUUAUUAAUCAUCUGAGUCUUUGUUUUUUCACAUUUUCUUCAUGCUCAAGGACAACCUGCUGUUACAAGAAACACUUGUGGCAGGAUAUAACUGAUCUGUUAUACAAAUGUACUGUUUUAUUGUAUAAAAACCUUGUACUGUAUUAUAUGACACUUUUUUUUAUUUUUUUAUUCAAUUUAUUUUAUUGAAGAUUCAUAGUCAGAAUAUUUAAUAGCCAAAAAAACUACAUAUCCAAAAGUACAAAAUGGUACCAAAUUGAUUUAUAUGCCAAUCUUAUGUGCUAUAAAUGUAACUCCCUUAAUAAUAGAAAACAAUUCUAUUUUCAAAGAAAAUAUUCUGAUUACAUGUAGAAUAUUCUGAACAUUCCAGGUUAAAAUAUGUUUACCAUUCUAUGCCCAUCUUUUAGCAUCUUUGUUGCUUGGUGGAAGUUUAGAGGUGUGUAAAAAGUAUGUAUUCAGAUAUACAGGUGCACUGGAGUUUUUCCUGAGUUAACAGAGAGUGUGUAUCCAGCUUUGCUGGAAAACCUAACCAUGGUUCUUUGUUCUUCUAGCUCAUGCUUGGCAUCCCAGAACAAGCUUUAAAUAUCCUGCACAUGGCAAUAGAACCAAUUCUGGCUCACGGUGCUGUGCUGGACAAGGGGAGAGCCAUGCUUCUAGUGGCAAAAUGCCAAGUGGCUUCAUCAGUGUCUUACAUUCCUCAGAAGAAGACAGAAGGUGAGUGUUAAAAUACUGCUUUGCUGUGUAACAACACACAUAUCCCAAUCAUGCUUUGUGAAUGUUUGUCUCAGAAUUUUUCUUUUGCUAUGUUUCCCAUGUUUUGCAAUGGUUUUCCCAGAGCUGUCCUUAGAACACAGGUAUAAUGAUGAUAUACAAACAUCCAAGUCAUAUGAUGUUUGCUGUUUAAUAAGGACAUCUUGAUUUAAGAAUUUCCUAGUAUUUUAAAUAAAAAUAAAUUAAAAAAAAAAAAAAAUAUAUAUAUAUAUAUAUAUAUAUAUAUAUAUAUAUAUAUAUAUAUAUAUAUAUAUAUAUAUAUAUAUAUAUAUAUAUAUUCUAAACUGUUUGGGUGAUUAUAUAUGAUAUCAGUGUAUUGUAGGAUAUCUGCAGAAUGUGAUUUAAAUUUCAAACCUUUAUCUUACAGCUCUGGAAUCUGCCAUUCUAAACCUUAAUGAAGCCAAAACCUACUUUGCUAUGGUGGACUGCAAAGAACAGAUCAGGGACAUCCUCUACCUACAAGCCAGGCUAUUCAACAGCCUGGGAAACGUCCAGGAAAGGAACAAAUGUGCCAUGCUUUUCCGACAGCUGCAUCAGGAGCUUCCUUCUCACGGAGUCUCAUUAUUAAUACGUCUUUGAGAGUUCAAAGGCAAAAUUAGUUUUUGGAUGCUGUCUUGAUUGCCAUGGGGGAACACACAGUUAAUCAUAUAAAAGUUUUAAGCCACUUCAAGUGUGACUGCAGUCUAGCUAUAAUGAGAUUCCAGGAAUGUAGAAUGCUGGGCUGAAAUUUUGUUGUACUAUUGAAUUUUACAAAUGCGAGAAUACAAAUUAACAGUCUGCUGAGUCCAUAUCAAAUAUACUUUUUUCCCCCCAAUAGACACUUUCGUGGCCAUUUCUUUUCGGUUUGUGCUUAAUGGCAUGAAAACUGAACCCAAAUCUGCCAUAGAAUUCUACUUUAGAACAUGUGGUACACCUUACCGUGAGCAUAUGUUUAGCAGGCCAUAUGCACAGUGUGUCUUAAAAGGUUAAAGGGACACUGUAGACACACAGACCACUGCAUCUCAGUGAAGUGGUCUGGAAGCCAUGUCCCUGUAGUUUUGUCCCUGCAGAACAGCAGCUUUUACAUUGCAGAGUUUAAAUGCCACUAGUGGCUGCCACUCAGACAAAAUAGCAGAGUAAAACUCUAUUUCAUUCAGAUGGUCUUAUCGAAACUAUCUGGUACAGUGCUGCAUUUGCCACACAUGCACACUAGCCUUCUGAUGCUUACCUGUUGGAAAGCACUGAAUUGGCUGAGAUCAUCGAUCUCAAUGAUAUCAGCCAAGGAGACGGGGCCUAGUGCUGAGUAGCAUGGAAGAAAAGGCAUCUAAAAUAAUUUUUAUUUUUAUUUUUUUUACUCCUUACAGGUGGGCCAGUCACUUAAAAAGUGACACCAUAGUAUUAGGAAUACACAUUUAUAUUGCUAAUGCCAUAUUGUUCCUUUAUGUUGUAACCGCAACAAUUCGGUUAAUUAAGAGUAUUUUUCUCAUAAGUGGCUUCUUUGACAUUUACAUACAGCUAAAUAUUUGUCAAUUUCUAUUAAUUUUUUGGCAUUACUUUUAUAGGUGUUUCCAUUUCUAUAACAUUGCAGCAUCUUUUUAUUCGCAAAUUUAGCAAACAUCUGCAGUUUAGCCAUAUGUGGCCUAUAACAUUUUUUGAUUGGAAUAACUUAAAGGGACACUAUAGUCACCUGAACAACUUUAGCUUAAUGAAGCAGUUUUGGUGUAUAGAACAUGCCCCUGCAGCCUCACUGCUUAAUCUUCUGCCAUUUAGGAGUUAAAUCUCUUUGUUUAUGAACCCUAGUCACACCUCCCUGCAUGUGACUUGCACAGCCUUCCAUAAACACUUCCUGUAAAGAGAGCCCUAUUUAGGCUUUCUUUAUUGCAAGUUCUUUUUAAUUAAGAUUUUCUUAUCCCCUGCUAUGUGAAUAGCUUGCUAGACCCUGCAAGAGCCUCCUAUAUGUGAUUAAAGUUCAAUUUAGAGAUUGAGAUACAAUUAUUUAAGGUAAAUUACAUCUGUUUGAAAGUGAAACCAGUUUUUUUUUCAUGCAGGCUCUGUCAAUCUUAGCCAGGGGAGGUGUGGCUAGGGCUGCAUAAACAGAAACAAAGUGAUUUAACUCCUAAAUGACAGUGAAUUGAGCAGUGAAAUUGCAGGGGAAUGACCUAUACACUAAAACUGCUUUAUUUAGCUAAAGUAAUUUAGGUGACUAUAGUGUUUCUUUAAAUAUGAAUGAAGGGUGUAAACAAUGCACUGCAGCUGAUGUAUUUACCCUCGGGUCCGAACAUGCUGUGUGCUUAGGUAUUCUAGUUUUAUUCUUGUUUUUUGUCAUACAACAUUUUACGUUGCCAUGACAGAAAUUAUGUAAAUAAAGUAUAAUAUUUUUAUUACAGCUGCUUUUGUAAUUGACUCGUUUCUCAAUAACGUGUGUUUUCUUAC